UGUGGUUGUGCCCGUUUUCAGAGCUGGCAACUCGAAGACUGCGAACGCAAGCCAUUACCCACAAAGGUAAGGUACCCCCAGACAAAUCCACCCUUCCCCACAUCCAAACCAUAGUACAGCAUUUCCUCUGCGCCACAACUGGUGCGGCCAGUAGACCUGCCUGCCAGGCUUAUGUGCCUGAGAGCCUGAUGCCCCUCUUACCUGUGGACUGCAUGCUCUCUUGAAUUGCUUCCACUUCAGCCAGCUCCAUGCAGACCCCUUGGCCGUGCAUGAGCGUGUGCAGAGGCUUCUCCACUCCCUGCGGCGGGUAGCACCGCAGCCCAGAGCCGCAGCGCGGCGUGUAGACCCCGCAGGGCAUUCCUUUGGCCAAGGCGCAAGUGGCGCAGCACCCGCAGCCGGGCUCCUGCACCAGCUCCUCGCACCCGGUGGGCGCCCUGCAGCGCGCCAGCUUCUCCUCGGAGCAUGGCGGGCACUGGAUGGCGUCGAGGCUCACAGAAAAGCCCACCUGUACCAGGAGCAGCAGAGUGAUGGGCGCAGUCCUCGAGUGCAUGGCAGGCAGGCAGGUGUUACAGGGCAGCAAGGGACCGACAGGCCAGGCGAUUGCAAAAAUAAAAAUAACUGUGUUGCUGGCAGAGCAGAGAAUCUGAUCUCCAGUAGAAAGGGGGACUCUGUACUGAAGGGGGGAGAAGCUCUUUCUUUGGACUUUAUACCACUCUCUGGCCACACCUCCCUGCUGGAGGGAGAGGCAAAGGAGAACAGCAGCAGCAACCAAGGCAGCUUGCCCCACAGCUGAGAAAAGACCUCAUUUGCCCUGAGGAAGGAAGCACAAAGAGCUUGCAGCUGCUGCAAAGACGGAAACCUGUGCCGGGACUGGAAAAUAGCAGCAGCCCUCCAGCCAUGCUUCUCCUAUUACUUUGGUAAGUUACGAGUGCGCCUUGCCAGUGCCUGUUUGGUUUCUCUGCGAAAGGGAGGGUGGGGAGGCUGGGCUGGGGGGGUGGGGGGAGAGAGAGAAAGAAUAAUGCCACAAUUAUAUUAUGCAUGCCUCGUCUGAGGUUGUGGCCACACAGGCGUUGCAUUGAUUAGGCUCAGAACAUGAGAAUGGUCAUGCUGGGUCCGGUGUUGUGGUUAGGUAAUUUUAGAUUUUGGAUUUUAAUGGGACUCUGGGAAGAGGAAGGGGGUUUUAAAUUUGUUCUGUUUUGCUUAUUUUAAAAUGUGGUGGGCCACUUCCACUGGGCUUGGGGAACCUCCUGAUCGUUCUGCUGAGUGGGGCCUUCAACGCCUGCCCUAAAGUCCUGUCCCAAUAGCACCACUGCCUGUGUGAUAUGAUGGAUCCAUCUAGUCCAGGCAUAGGCAAACUCUGAACCUCCAGAUGUUUGGGACUACAGUUCCCAUCAUCCCUAGCUAACAGGACCAGUGGUCAGGGAUGAUGGGAAUUGUAGUCCCAAAUAUCUGGAGGGCCGAGUUUGCCUAUGCCUGAUCUAGUCUCUUAAGAGUAGCCAGCUCACAAGCAGGCUCUAAAAGGGACGGCCAGCUCCUGUUGUUUAUUCCCAUCAUCCAGGAAUCAGAGGUAUACUGCACUUGGCUGUGGAAGUUCCAUUCUUAGCAGAUGUGGUGUCUAGUGAUUGAUAGAUGUAUAUUCCAAGAACUUGUCUAGGCGCGCGCUCCCUCCCUCUCUCUCUCUCUCUUUAUAUAUAUAUAUAACACCUAUGCUAGUGGCCAUUGCCAGAUACUGCAGAAAAUGGAUUCCUGUUUUUGCAGGUUACCUGGACAAGAGAAAAAGGGAAUUCACAAAUAAAGUAUCCAUUGGUUUUCCUUGCUUCCACAUGAGGCGUGUGCAGGUGGGGACCUUGUGCAUCUCCUGCGUUCUAGCAGAAAAUGGGGAACAAGAUUGGCAGAUCUACUACACAUGUGCUUUGCUUCCUUUGCGAGAAUGUCUGAAGCCGCUCUAAGGCAAUUAUGUAUUCAUAAAGACGCAUUUAUUUAUUAUAUAUCUGUAAGGUCCUUUACCUGUCCUUCAGCAUAAGGUCCCAGAGUGGGUUACAACAAUGCAAUACACAGUUCAAAAAACAAACAAAAGCCUUCCCACUGGAAGAGAAGAGUCGAAAUUCGCAAAAGAGGUGGGUCCCAUGGAGCAAAUACAGUGGCACCUUGGUUUACAAACUUAAUCCGUUUCAGAAGUUCGUUCUUAAACCAAAGCUUUCUUAAACCAAGGCGCGCUUUCCCAUCGCAGCGGGGGACUCAGUUUACAAAUGGAGCACACUCAACAGGAAGCGAAACAUGUUCUGCUUCCAAGGCAAAGUUCACAAACCAAAACACCUACUUCGGGGUUUGCAGCGUUCUUAGGCUGUUCUUAAACCAAGGUACCACUGUACCUUAAGUGUCGAAGAUCUGGGUAAAGAGGUACAUCUUCACCAUACAGCAAAAGCUAUACAACAAAGACACUAGAUGCACCUCUGUGGGGAGGAUGGGUGCAACAUUUAGGGGCUGCCACAGAGGAAGCCACAAUUCCCUUCGCUUCUGAGGGUUCGCCUCUGCUGAACUUAAUCCCCAAGAAGAUCAGUAGGGAUGGAGUUGGAGGUAUUUGGGGGCCAGUAAAUCACUGAAGAAGGGACGCAGGUGGCGCUGUGGGUUAAACCACAGAGCUUAGGGCUUGCCGAUCAGAAGGUUGGUGGUUCAAAUCCCCGCGACGGGGUGAGCUCCCAUUGUUCGGUCCCAGCUCCUGCCCACCUAGCAGUUCGAAAGCACGCCAGUGCAAGUAGAUAAAUAGGUACCGCUCCAGCGGGAAGGUAAACGGCGUUUCUGUGCGCUGCUCUGGUUCGCCAGAAGUGGCUUAGUCAUGCUGGCCACAUGACCCGGAAGCUGUACGCCGGCUCCCUCGGCCAAUAAAGCGAGAUGAGCACCGCAACCCCAGAGUCGGUCACAACUGGACCUAAUGGUCAGGGGUCCCUUUACGUUUCAAAUCACUGAAGACCAUAUUUCCCAAACUUGGGUCUCCAGCUGUUUUGGGACUACAGUUCCCAUCAGCCCUGACCGCUGGUCUUGCUAGCUAGGGAUGAUGGGAGUUGUAGUCCAAAAGCAUCUGGAGACCCAAGUUUGGGAAACACUGCUUUAAACACUAAAGCAAGCACCAUUUCCUUUUGUUUGUCCACUGGAUAAUUCCAGCGAAGAGAGGAUAUUCUCUCUUUCCACCUUUUCCCUCAUUGUGCAAACUUGUGGUGUGUGUGUACCUCCCAUUUAGGGCAAACACACACAUUUCCAAGCCACUGUAGCCCAAGGAUAGGGGCCUGUGGCUGCUCAGAUGUUGCUGGACUCCAACACCCAUCAGCCACAGCCACCAAAGCCAAUGGUCAGGGAUGAUGGGAGUUGGAGUCCAAUAAUGUCUGGAGGGUUCCGGGUUACCCAUCCCUGCUAUAUCCUGAUGGGUUUUUCCCCAGCUUGGGACAAGAAUAAAGAAAGGUGAGAAGUAGUAAUGGAACAACUGAGGAAUGGCUCAGUUGGUAGAGCGUGAGACUCAAUCUCAGGCUUGUGGGUUUGAACCCCAUGCUGGGUGAAAGAUUCCUCCAUUGUAGGGAUUUGGUGUAGACGUGAUCCCUUCCAACUCUAUGAUUCUGUUAAUUCUUUUCAAGUCCACUGUUUCCCUUCUCUGAACUGCACCACCCUGUGGGGUCUUCAGACAUGUUUGUGUGAUUUGAACUUUAGAUGAUAUAUAGAGAAGCUAAAAAAAAAAUUCCUCAUACUGACAAUACUUCAUUUAAAAAUAAAAAAGCAUACUUCCCUGGGGCUCAAACUUGCCUCAGAGUUAUGUCUCUGACCUAAGUGACCUUAGUGGCAAUUUCAGAUGUAUAGAAACUGGUUGUGGGCACUUGGUGAUGAUCAAGGAGAGGCAUGCUGCUCAAGACUCAAAAGUAGGCUGUUGUUACUACUUCACUUGUUCUGGCUUUGAAAAUAAAUUCCAGGACAAAAACCUGGUGAGACCUGAUUUAUAGACCACCGUAGGUUUCUACAGGUCUAUGUGAGCUUCUGACUUUAGCAGAACUCCUCUGUCCAGCACAGAGUUCUUUGUUCUCUUUCAUAGGGUUCAUAAACAAGAGCAGUGUGUUGUUACACCCACCCACACAGCAACACAUGUCAAGCUUACCUGCUUAACACAUGACUUCCUGCCUCUGUAGUCAAAUUAGGCACUCUCAUUGUGGGUCCGUUCUCAGAAUUUCUCUUGUUAGAAUAUGUGCAGCUGACUGACACUUUCCUAAGUGCAGUGAGUGUUCCACACAGUUAUUUGUUCCACUGUUAUUUCUUCGAGUUGUCUACUGUCAUUUCUCAAAAGCUAAUAAACACUUUAAAAAAUAAUAACCAAAGCUUGCAUACGCCUUUCAUAACUUAAAUUGAUCCAACUAGGAAAUGAUACCAUGCCCACUUUUAUCAAGAGUAUGUAACAGGUUGAAAACACAUACUGUAAUCUUAAUGUUAAACAGACUGAUCUCAUGCAUAUUUUACUCAGAAUAUAUUCAAAGGAGUUUACUCUCUGAUCAAACAUACAUAAGACUGGCACUGUCAAAGUUUCCUUCCUUCCUUCCUUCCUUCCUUCCUUCCUUCCUUCCUUCCAUCCACCCUGUUGGACAAUUUAAGACUGUUGAAUCACAGAGUGAUAACCUGGAAUUCAAAUGCUUCAAAGCUGAAGGGCAGUCUUUGACAGUGUCUUCAUGCAUAAGGCUUAAAGUAGCUUUUCCUCUGUGAACUAAAUGUAUAUCCUGCAUUGUCCAAAAUGCACAUUUGCAUCACAAAUGACUCUCCUCUACUUUACCUUCUUUAGGGACAAAAGAAGCAUAAUGUCAACUUCAGCCUCAUAUGAAAAGAACCUGUGAUCGAUCUCCUUGCCUGCCUUUGCUGCUAAAUGAGAGUUGGAAUAUGGAAGAAACCAGUGAGAGUUAUUUAGGCUGUGUACACCUUACCGUAUCCUCUGGUUCCAGUAAGUUCCCGCAGCUGGCAUUUGAACACAGUGUUACCCACAACCCUGUAGUUUCUUGAGAAAUACUGUUAUUUGGUGCAUUCUCCCUCAAACCAGCUUCAACCCGAAAGGAAAACUUAAGCCACACUCACUUUGCAAUUGAGCUUUUAAAAGGUAAAGGUAAAGGGACCCCUGACCAUUAGGUCCAGUCGUGACCGACUCUGAGGUUGCGGUGCUCAUCUCGCUCUAUAGGCCGAGGGAGCCGGCGUUUGUCCACAGACAGCUUCCGGGUCAUGUGGCCAGCAUGACUAAGCCGCUUCUGGCGAACCAGAGCAGCACACGGAAAGGCCGUUUACCUUCCCGCCGGAGCGGUACCUAUUUAUCUACUUGCACUUUGACGUGCUUUCGAACUGCUAGGUUGGCAGGAAAUUGAGCUUUUACAUCCUGCUUUUUCUUAAAAGACUGUUUAAGCUUUUUUUGUGAAGGGGGAGAGAUUAAAGUCACUUUAAAGUAACUUCUUUCCCCUCCGCCAAGUUUACAUUCCUCCCCCCCUCAGUUUAAUAACUUGUGGCAACCCUCCUUAUGACCUUCCAUUAAUACAAAAUAUUCUCCAGUAAUUUCCCUUUCUUCUUUGCUUGAUCAAGCCAAAUCUGAUAUGGUACCUCAAGCCAGCAGUCUAUCCAAUUGGCAGGCACAACGGGGAAGACAACUCAUGUCUGGUAUCUGUGUGAUAACAUGCUUUUCAUGUAUCAUGUAUUUACACACUGCCAGCCUUCAAGUCUUCGUGAAUGGCGCCCUCAUGAGGUUUGAAAGAUUACUCCUUAUUUUGGGUACAGAUGUGAGCAGGCCCCACUAGCUCAGCAAUCUCCAGACGUGCCUGCAAUUAAUCAGGGUGUCCCUGAUUAAUUCAGAGCCUCCAAGUGUCCCUGUUUUCCAGGGACAGUCCCAGAUUUACAGAAGCCAUCCUGGUUUUGGAUUUGAUCCUGGAAUGUCCCGCUUUUCCUUAGGACGUCCCUAUUUUCAUCAGAGAAAUGUUGGAGAGUAUGGAGUAAAGCGACCACCAAGCCAAGAAAAUAGGUAUCUAUACAACCUUUAGAAGUGUUUUUUUAUGUUUAGUGUUUUAUUAUGUUUUUAUAUGUGUUGGUAGCCACCCAGAGUGGCUGGGGCAACCCAGUCAGAUGAGCUGGGUAUAAAUAAUAAAAUGAUAAUGAUGGAAUAGGAUGUCUCUAUUUUCACUAGAGAAAUGUUUGAGGGUAUGUUCAUUUCUCCAUUUUUUUCCUUCAAGAUGAAGAGUUUUGCCAGGGGUCGGCAAGGCUUACCAGCCAUGGGCCGGAUCACUCCCGUGGAGAUCGUCCGUGGGCUGGACUGGCGCAGCGUGACACUGGAAAUUGCGUCUGUGCAUGUCUGCGGUGCUGGAAAUCGCUUCUGUGCAUUCCCAGACGUCAAAAAUCACACCUGCAGAAGCGAUUUCUGAUAUCUGCGUGUGCGCAGACGCGAUUUCCAGCGCCACUCGGUGAGUCCCCGCGCUGCACUGCGCCGGUUUAGCACAGCAUGCGAGGAACUCGCUGGGUGGGCGGCUUGGUUUGGGGGCAGCUCGGGGGCCGGUAAAACGGUCUUCGUGGGCCGGAUCCAGCCCAUGGGUCGCACGUUGCCGAUGCCUGAGUUAUGCAGUCCAAAAGCUUAAAAGUCAUAAAGCAUCGCAAUCCAGUAAGCCAUUCAUAUUCCAGAGUCUGUGUUACUUAAAAGGUUUCCAUUCAGUUAUUCCUAAUAUAACGAAAUGUAAGAGUCAGUGUGCUGUAGUGGUUAGCGGGUUGCACUUGGACUUGGGAGACCAGGGCUCAAAUUCCCACUUGCCCAUGAAGCUCAAUGGGCGACCUUGGGCCAGUCACUCACUCUCAGCCUAGCUUACCUCACUGGGUUGUUGUGAGGAUAAAAUGGGGAGGGGGGGAGAACUAUGUAUGUCUCCUUGAGAUACAUAGAUAGAACCAUGUAGGACGACGAAAAGACUUCCAGUGCCUCUUGCACUGUGGCCGAAACGCAUCCCUCAGCAUUAGAGAGAAAUUAUGUAUUGCAAUAGCCUCUCACAUAGAAAUGUGUUAGAGAAAAAUUAACAAAAGACUCUUUUGGCAGGCUGAGAAUGCAGCAGGUUGACUGCAAGCUUCAGAAAUGGCAUCCAAAUGAAAAGGAAGCCAGCUGGGCUGGGCUAACAUCUGUGCACCAGAGGCAUGGUGGUUUUGAAUUCUGCAACCAGAUAGGAAGCGAUGCUACAAAAGAGUCCCAGAUAAUUGUUUUCAUCCAGAGAUUCCCAGAGCUGAGUCAAGCAAGCACUUUGCGCAAGCACAGAAGAUUAUAAAAUGACCAGAUGCAACAACAUGCUUUAAAGGGACCACUCCCUCCCACAAGGGAGUGUUAAUAUCAUUUUCAGUCCAGUUGGCCAGACCUUCUCUGGCUACUUUAAGCAGCCAGAAUGGGCAAGGGUCAAGUGCACACAGAUGGUCAGCUGUAUACUUCUAAGGAAUUCUGACCACAUCUGCAGGCCUCACAAAUGGAGGAAAAAAUAUCCACAGAAGUUGGACAAGCAGAUGUGAAUGAUGUCUCCACUGGUGUUCCAUUCAAUGUAAAAUCAGGGCAGGGUGCAAGCAAUUUUAUUUGGAAAGAGUCUCACAGCGGGCAGAGGAGGACUUCUCCAGGAGGCCAGAAGGUAACAAAUGGAAACCGCUCCAAGCGGCAGGUGCAAUGGCGGCAGUUAUCUCCACAAAAUAGGUCCUAAAAUGUGCUUUAGUCUGUGUUUAGUCAGAUUCAGUUUGAGGUUUUCUCUGCCAUCUCUCCAGCAGCAUUUGCGUGCUUUGGAAAUCUGUGAAGCAUAGCACUUAUUCUAAGUAGCGAUAUCUAAAUGUGCUCCAAGAUUCCUAACUCUCCUUCAAAACAAGCUAUUUGUUAAUACACUUCAGGGGUGCUAUGGACUGACAGAGCAGAAGGUGAGGUCUGGGACUAUCCCAGGGGUGAGCUAGACCCGUCUGGGUAUCGGACAAACACACUUUCUGCAUUUCUGUUUCCUGCAUUUUCACAGAUGUCCACCUGAGGGCACCAAAGCAGAGAGGGAAAGUGAAAAGAAAUGGCAGCUGUAAAUCAAUUUCAGCCAAAAUCUUUUGGGGCCUGGUUUGCCAACAGACGUCAACACCCACCCACCUAAUUUUCCAUCCUUUGAUCAUCCCUCAGCCCUGAAGCACUAAGAUGUGACAUGCUCCACCUGCCAAAAAGGCCUUGUUUUACCUGCCCAGAGAGAGUGAUGCCCAUUGACAAUGCCUCACAGCACCACCACCACCUCCCAGACCCACUUAGUCAGCCAACUUCAAAAUGUACAAUGUCUAGCAACAACUUUUAAUAACUAGGGGGGGAACUGGGGAGGGAAGCAAUGGCAGGGGUGGGGAACUAUUGAAGAGGAAAAAUUGAAACAGCAUGGACUAAUGGAUCAAAACUAAAAUAUCCUUAACUGCUGUAAAUGGGGGACAUUGCCCAGAUAAGUUAUAUAAUUUAAUACAGUGGUACCGUGGGUUAAGAACUUAAUUCGUUCUGGAGGUCCUUAACCUGAGGUACCACUUUAGCUAAUGGGGCCUCCCACUGCCACCGUGCGAUUUCUGCUCUCAUCCUGAGGUAAAGUUCUUAACCCGAGGUAAUAUUUCUGGGUUAGCGGAGUCUGUAACCUGAAGCGUCUGUAACCCGAAGCGUCUGUAACCCGAGGUACCACUGUACAUCAAUAUCUUGCACUUUCUUGAAAAUGCUCAGGCCAGGGGACAUUCAGGUUUUGUUUUCAUUUGCCAUUUUAAGUCUCAGAACAACCCUGCAAGGUGAAUUAGGCUCAGAUGCAGGCCUUUUCCACACUUGCGCUUGUCCUGUGCUGAAAAUAGUUGUUAUUGUUGGUGGCAUUGUUGUUCGAUUUAUACCCCACCCAUCUGGCUGGGUUUCCCCAGCCACUCUGGACGGCUUACAGCAUAUAUAAAAAAUUGUAAAACAUCAGACAUUAAAAAUUUCCCGAUACAGGGCUGCCUUCAGGUGUCUCCUAAAAGUCAGAUAGUCGUUUAUUUCCUUGAUGGGGGGGGUGCAUUCCAAAGGGUGGGUGUAGAUUAUAGUGGUUUUCUGCUUGCCCACACUUUGUAGGCACAGAUCUGGGUGGUUUUGCCUUUGCCCUGCCUCUUUCCCCAGAAAACCUGCUCUUUAGCACUAAAUCGGAAUGAGCAAAGCAAUCUGCGAAAAAACCUGAUUGCCAGUUGUUCUAAUUUGGCACUAAAGACUGGGUUUCUUCUGGGUUUCCCUGGCAGGGCAAACAGAGAGGUGUGGAUAAGUUAAUAGUGACAGACCGCAGGUCAACCAGCAAACUGCAAGGCACAACAAGUCUGCCCCUCACAACCCCCACACACUGACUGUUGAGGUUAUUUUCUGCAGUGCAGACUGGUCCAUUAGAGCAUUAAAGGAAGACGAACUACCCUGCCCUCAGCCCUCCUCUGGUCAGCUUGGCAGGGAUCUCUUUCUCUGCAGGAAAAAGCUCCUGUUUGGGCUUCUUGACCGCUCUUGCGGUUGUUUCGUGUGCUUUUGGCCUCUUUGCCUCUUCCUUCGCCUUGUUUGUUGUUGCCUUUCCUUCACUGAAACAUAAGACAUUUUAAAAUUUCUAAUGAAACGUCUGUGGGUGUGGAACUUUUCAUCAGGCUGGAUGUUAAGCAGAGGGCGGUGGGUGGGGAGAGAGAAAGCUGGCUUGAUGCUGAAGCCACAAAGUCUGCGUUUUGCCAUACUCUGAAAAUGGAGUGGAGGAGGAAGGCAGCAGACGAGAAUGGGGCGAGGCUGUCAUAGGUGCUAGGCAGAUUUCACAUUGCACUGGGGGACAUUAGUUUGCUGUGCCUUGUAUUCAAGCAGAGAUCAGGCAUGGCUCUGUCUCUCUGGCUUCCCAGCUUGCUUCCUCCUGCCUCUAGCUCUCACACCUCCACUCUGGCCCUUUGUCUUUCAACCUGCCAGAACGUUGAGGGAGAAGAGCCCACCCAUGUGUCCUCUAGCACAGAGCCACUUCCUUUGUUACCUUACUGACUCAUACUAUGCCUGGCUAUUUCCGCAGUUGAAUCCCGGUUGGGUCCAGGAACUCAAGCAUGCUGCCUACCCGCUUCCCCAGCCCAAAUCACAACACUAUGUUGGGAUUAUGCCUCCCUUGACCUCCUUAAGAUGUUUCAAAGAGAUGCUAGAAAACAAUGGAUUUAUAUUCAGCUGCUAACAAAUGCAGAAGAAGCAUUAUGCCUUAAAGAAAAAAGAGAUUGCCAUCAAACAUGCAUUUGUUGUUGUUGUUUAGUCGUUUAGUCGUGUCCGACUCUUCGUGACCCCAUGGACCAGAACAUGCCAGGCACUCCUGUCUUCCACUGCCUCCCGCAGUUUGGUCAAACUCAUGCUGGUAGCUUCGAGAACACUGUCCAACCAUCUCAUCCUCUGUCGUCCCCUUCUCCUUGUGCCCUCCAUCUUUCCCAACACCAGGGUCUUUUCCAGGGAGUCUUGUCUUCUCAUGAGGUGGCCAAAGUAUUGGAGUCUCAGCUUCAGGAUCUGUCCUUCCAGUGAGCACUCACGGCUGAUUUCCUUAAGAAUGGAUAGGUUUGAUCUUCUUGCAGUCCAUGGGACUCUCAAGAGUCUCCUCCAGCACCAUAAUUCAAACGCAUCAAUUCUUCGGCAAUCAGCCUUCUUUAUGGUGCAGCUCUCACUUCCAUACAUCACUACUGGGAAAACCAUAGCUUUAACUAGACGGACCUUUGUCGGCAAGGUGAUGUCUCUGCUUUUUAAUAUGCUAUCUAGGUUUGUCAUCGCUUGUCUCCCAAGAAGCAGGUGUCUUUUAAUGUCGUGACUGCUGUCACCAUCUGCAGUGAUCAUGGAACCCAAGAAAGUAAAAUCUCUCACUGCCUCCAUUUCUUCCCCUUCUGUUUGCCAGGAGGUGAUGGGACCAGUGGCCAUAAUCUUAGUUUUUUUGAUGUUGAGCUUCAGACCAUAUUUUGCCUUCUCCUCGUUCACCCUCAUUAAAAGGUUCUUUAAUUCCUCAUCACUUUCUGCCAUCAAGGUCGUGUCAUCUGCAUAUCUGAGGUUGUUGAUAUUUCUUACGGCAAUCUUAAUUCCGGUUUGGGAUUCCUCCAGCCCAGUCUUUCGCAUGAUGAAUUCUGCAUAUAAGUUAAAUAAACAGGGAGGCAAUAUACAGCCUUGUCGUACUCCUUUCCCAAUUUUGAACCAAUCAUUUGUUCCAUAUCCAGUUCUAACUGUAGCUUCUUGUCCCACAUAGAGAUUUCUCAGGAGACAGAUGAGGUGAUCAGGCACUCCCAUAUCUUUAAGAGCUUGCCAUAGUUUGCUGUGGUCGACACAGUCAAAGGUUUUGCAUAGCCAAUGAAGCAGAAGUAGAUGUUUUUUCUGAAACUCUCUAGCUUUCUCCAUAAUCCAGUUCCUCUGCCCCUUCGAAAUCCAGCUUGUACUUCUGGGAGUUCUUGGUCCACAUACUGCUUAAGCCUGCCUUGUAGAAUUUUAAGCAUAACCUUGCUAGCAUGUGAAAUGAGUGCAAUUGUGCGGUAGUUGGAGCAUUCUUUGGCACUGCCCUUCUUUGGGAUUGGGAUGUAGACUGAUCUUUUCCAGUCCUCUGGCCACUGCUGAGUUUUCCAAACUUGCUGGCAUAUUGAGUGUAGCACCUUAACAGCAUCAUCUUUUAAAAUUUUAAAUAGUUCAGGUUUUACUGGAGCAUAAAAAUAUGGAAUACAUCGUUGUUGUCUCUGAAUUUAAUCAACAGAAGUCCAUGUUCACGAAGGUGGGCAGCAGCAAGAUAAUGUUUGCUAGGGCAUUUUUGGAAUGAUAAAUGUGUCAGGUAUUUUUAAUUUUUCUUUCCUCUUUUUAAUAUUUUGUUUUUUGAGAAGGAGAGAGGUGGGAUAUAUUUUUUCCAUGCAGUGGUGGAGAGCAGGCGGGCAUCCCGGGGGCGGGGCGGGCGUUCUGGGGGCGGGGGGCCCAGCACGGGCGGGGGGGGCAGCCGCAAUGGAACCCCACCAGGAUUGCGCUGCCAGGGGCGGUGCGCUCCCCCCUGCCCCCCUCUUCCUCUGCCAGUGUUGCCAUGCACUGAAGAAACUUCCACAAAAGAAAUAUGCUCUUCCUUAAACAGUUAUUGGAGUGAACUCUUCCCCAGUUCCUCUGCCCUUCCUCUCAGAAGACAGAGGAGUUUGUCAGGCAGCCUUGAGCUGUUUGCAAAAAACCCAAACAGGCACCCUCACUGCAUCAGAACUUUAUCAGCCACUGGGAUGGUGUUUAGUCUGUAGGGUAACAUGCUCAUUGACAGAGGCAAAGGGCAGAGAGAUGAACUUUUGGGGGACUAAAUAUUAGAACCGUAGAAUUGUAGAGUUGGAAGGGACCCCAGUGGACAUCUAGUCCAACCCCCUGCAAUGCAGGAAAUUCAGCUAAAGCAUCCAUGAUGGAUGGCCACCCCCUUCCCGGUUCUAACCUGCUAUUCAUCCAUCACUGAUACCAUUCCACACCACUUCUUUUUCUCCUGCCCCAACCCCAAAUAUUGCAUUGCUCUUUGAACUUUUGUGAGACAGAAAUCCACAUCAUGAUUCCCCCCAAGCCUCAAUCAGACCCUUUAAUGUGAGUGACCCUUCUCUCUGUUAAAUCAGCCCUUUAUGAAGAACAGUGAGGACUGGAAUUUUCACUCUGAAAGGAGCAUACAUGGUUUGCAUGCAAUAGGUCCCGAGUUCAUUCCGGUUCUCCAAGUAGGGUUGGAAAAGACCCUUGCCUUGCCUGAAACCCCAGAGAGCUUUCUCUCUGGGUUUCCCAAACUUGGGACUCCAAUUGUUUUUGGACUACAACUCCCAGGAUUAGUGGUGAGGGAUGGUGGGAAUUGUAGUCCAAAAGCAGCUAGAGACCCCAGUUUGAGAAAGCCUGAUAUAGACAGUAGUGAGCUGUAUUGGUCUGACUUAGUAUAAGGCAGAUUCCUAGGGAUGCGGGUGGCGCUAUGGUCUAAACCACUGAGCCUCUUGGGCUUGCCAAUCAGAAGGUCUGCGGUUCGAAUCCCCACAUUGGGGUGAGCUCCUGUUGCUCUGUCCUAACUCCUGCCAACCUAGCCGUUCGAAAGCAUGCCAGUGCAAGUAGAUAAAUAGGUACCACCGUGGCGGGAAGGUAAGCAACGUUUCUGUGCGCUCUGGUUUCCGUCACGGUGUUCCAUUGCGCCAGAAGCGGUUUAGUCAUGCUGGCCACAUGACCCGGAAAGCUGUCUGUGGAGAAACGCCAGCUCCCUCAGCCUGAAAGCGAGAUGAGCACCGCAACCCCAUAGUCAUCUUUGACUGGACUUAACUGUCCAGGGGUCCUUUACCUUUUUACCUACCGAGGUACCAGGGAAGCAGUUAGGGCUCUCCUUUAAUUCUGUGUUUUAUUAAACCCAUGACUUAGAGUAGCUCCCCAAACUAUGAUUGAUAUUUCAGGGGUUUUUUAAAAAAAUAGCAAUCAUGCAAUGCAGCCUUCACCAUCAUGUCCCCCUCCAGAUGUUGUGGACUCUUAUUUAUUUUAUAUCUAUACACCACAUUCUCAUAAAAUAUCAAGCUGGGAUACGGUAAUUUAAGCUUUUGCUGGGUGGGGCUGCUGGGAGUUGUAGUCCAGUACAUCUGGAGGGCACUGGGAUGGCAAAAGUUGAUGCAAUGUGUGGAAACUCAUCUAACACAGAUGUCCACAAAGCCUUAAGCACUGGCGGACUAGUAGGAAAUGUGUGCUUUCCCUUAUGUUUUCCUGCUUCUGGUGCACUGGUGUUUAAAGGCACAUCGACCCCUGUGUGUGACAUCUGCCGGGAUAGCUGAGUUGGUUAGAGCGUGGUGCUGGUAAUGCCAGGCUUGCAGGUUCGAUCCCUGCAUGGGACAGCUGCCUAUUCCUCCUUUGCAGGGCGUUCAGCUAGGUGCUUCUCAGGGUCCCUUCCAAUUCUUCUAUGAUUCUACAGAUUGUUGUAGGCAUUAAAUGAGGAGGAGGAGAACCAUGUAGGCCACCUUAAGUCCCUGGGUGGGUGGGUGCGAGGAGAGGUGGGAUAGAAAUGCAACAAACAACUAAAACUCAAGAGCAGCAACUGAGCACAAGAACCCUCUACCCUCCUGCUAUUUCCAACAACUGGUAUUCAGAACUGUUACUGCCUUUGUGGACACAAAGCCUAGGCAUCAUGCUGAUGGAGAGAGCUGACGUUCCCAUGUUGACGUUUUGCCUGCCUUUUCCCCCAGAAAAGGAGACGGCUUUGUAUCUGUGGCCACCGAUUGCUCUGUGUGGUGCCUUCAGCAGUACCAAGCAGUGCUGUGGUGUGAGAUGCCAGCUGAUUGGCAGAGAGCGCCUGGUGGGCGGGCAUCCUAAGCAGAUAAGAGCUUGGAUCAGAAGUGCCAAAGGUUGGUCUGGGGAGAGAGAGGAGUGUGCUUGAGUUGGGGAAGCGCUGGGAAGGACACAGACAGAAUCGCAGGAUCAUAGAACUGCAGAGUUGCAAUGGGCGCUCUCAGGGCAGCCCCGUCUUUGCGUUGGCUCUGCAUCGUCCUGGUGAUAGCAGGGCUGGCUCCCCUCACUGCUGCUCAGUACUGGUGGUCUUGGAGUCGACAAGAACCCACAACUGUGAUGAUGCCAACAACCCCCAAAGGUAGGUGCAAAAGGCUUUCCAUUGCUCUUCUAUGCGGUGAAGGGGUUGGAAAUGUAGGAGGCUCCAGAAAGGUUAAUCUCAGAUGUUUGGAGCAGAGAGGGCUUGGAGUCACUGCUUGGUUGUGUUGUAAAUAGAUCAAGGUGGUACAGAUGGGGGGGAAAGGACUAGAAGUUUGCAAUGGGAGGUAUUCGGACUGCAGCUGUUUGGGGUUCGAGCGACCGCCAUAGUUGCGUGGCAGGCAAAAUUUCAACAAGUGCUGCUUUCCCCUGCGUGGAGAUGCAGUGAGAUGCACAGCUUUUGCUACCAAAAGUUGCACAGCAUCUGUGUACAUGGGGUCUUCCUGUUGAACUGCUGCCUUUUCUGCAGCUGUGAGAGCUACAGGAGCCUUGCCCGGGGAAAGUUGGGGAGAGUGCUGUGUGGUGGAUAGCACUCUAAACUCUGAGAGGGGAGGCUUGGGUUCAAAUUUCUGCUUAGCCCUGAUGCUUCAAGAGCAGUAUUGGCCAGGUUGGUCUCUGGCCUGAUCUACCUCACAAGGUUGUUGUCAGCCCUACCCUGAGCACAGAAGAAGGAAGAAUUGCAGAAGGAGGAAGAAUGUACGAUAAGAAAAGUUAGGAAAUAUGAUUUGACUGUGAUAUGGUUCUAUGAAAUAAUGAUAUUGGAAAAUGCUACAUAUAACUACUAAGAAAUUCAGAUGGAAGGGAUUUGAGGAAGUCAAAUAAUAUGUUUAUGAAGAUGGAUUUUAAUUAAUUAAUUAAGUGUUAUUGUAGUGAUGAUUUGUUUUAUUUUAUGUUCCAUAUUCUUUUUUCUUUUUCUUUUUUCUAUUUCUUUCUUCUUUUUUAGUAUUGUUAAUUUUUUUUCUUUUAUGUUUAUGUAUGAAAAAUAAUAAAUAUUAUUGUGGAGGGGGGAAAAGGAGGAAGAAUUGGAUGUACUUACUUUUACUUACUUACUAAAUUUGUAUGCCGCCAUAUACCUGUAGGUCUCAGGGCAGUUCACAGUUGGAUGCCGCAAUAAGAAAUAAAACAAACAUGGCAUUCUCCUAACUUUGGCUUUUCUUUCCUGAUAGCUCAGUUGGUAGAGCACGAUACUCAUAAUCUCAGAGUCCUGGGUUCGAGUCCCAUGUUGGGUGCAUUGCAUUGCAGAAGGAGGAAGAAUGUACGAUAAGAAAAGUUAGGAAAUAUGAUUUGACUGUGAUAUGGUUCUAUGAAAUAAUGAUAUUGGAAAAUGCUACAUAUAACUACUAAGAAAUUCAGAUGGAAGGGAUUUGAGGAAGUCAAAUAAUAUGUUUAUGAAGAUGGAUUUUAAUUAAUUAAUUAAGUGUUAUUGUAGUGAUGAUUUGUUUUAUUUUAUGUUCCAUAUUCUUUUUUCUUUUUCUUUUUUCUAUUUCUUUCUUCUUUUUUAGUAUUGUUAAUUUUUUUUCUUUUAUGUUUAUGUAUGAAAAAUAAUAAAUAUUAUUGUGGAGGGGGGAAAAGGAGGAAGAAUUGGAUGUACUUACUUUUACUUACUUACUAAAUUUGUAUGCCGCCAUAUACCUGUAGGUCUCAGGGCGGUUCACAGUUGGAUGCCGCAAUAAGAAAUAAAACAAACAUGGCAUUCUCCUAACUUUGGCUUUUCUUUCCUGAUAGCUCAGUUGGUAGAGCACGAUACUCUUAAUCUCAGAGCCCUGGGUUCGAGUCCCAUGUUGGGUGCAUUGCAGGGGGUUGGACUUAGAUGAUCUUUGUGAUCCCUUCCAGCUCUCAUGAUUCCGUGAUUCCGCUGCUCUGGAAAACAGGUGUCAGAAACGGAGCAGUUUCCUUUUACAUUUAGGAUGCUCUGAUGUGGUGGUAGUCCCUAACAUGGUUUCAUUUUGCCUUCCCAGCCACGGAAGCAGAUGUGGAGGAACUCACUGAGAAAAUGGUCCUGAGCACCCCCACCCUUUGGGACACACCAGGGACAUUUACAGAGGAGGUGGCGGUCUCCUCGGAAGCAACAACACCAGGCCUGGUAAGCAGUUGCCGUGGGAUGGCUGGAUAAGGCCAGGGCAUUCCUAGCACCCAUGUUCGUGGCGAAUCAUGUAGCAAAUAUAGCGGAACUCUAGAACUGGAGGGAGCUUUGUAGGCCAUCAAACUGGUACAGCAGCCAUGGGGAAUCUGUGGCGCUCCAGAUGUUGCUGUACUACAACUCCCAACACCCCUGGAGAUACUGGAUGGGGAGCCUGGGAAUUGGAGUCCAACAACAUCCAGGAAAGCCACAGGUUCCUUGUCCCCUGUCCCUGCACUACAGCACGAGAAACCUCUGGCCCUCCAGAUGUUGUCAGGCGCUAGUUCAGAUCAGCCUCAGUCAGUGGCUAAGAAUGACAAGAGUUAUACAGUGGUUCUCAACCUGUGGGUCCCCAGAUGUUGUUGGACUACAGCUCCCAUCAUCCCUGAGCUCUGGCCUUGCUAGCUAGGGGAGUUGUAGUUCAACAACAUCUGGGGACCCACAGGUUGAGAAAGGCUGCUUCCGGAGGGUCACAGGCUCCCCACCCCUGAUCUGGUGUAACCCUUUGCUUCAUGCAAGUGAGCAGGGUUGGGGUUUUUCCACCUGGGAAGGCUCCUGUGCCUUUAAGAGCAGUGUGGCAAGCAGAGAGUUGACUAUACUUCUAUAGCCAUCACUAUAUUUCUAUACAGAAUAAAGCUUUCGCCUCCUAGAUUUCUGGCUUCCUCACAGCUUCCUAAUAAAGCAAGAGUUUGACAGUGUGCCUGUGACAGAUGUGUAAAAUCAUUAUGAAGGGAGAGCGCAGCUGCAAAGGCGUGUGUUGGUAACUGGGUGCAUAUUUGUUUUAUUUUACUUCUGUUUAUUGCAUUUCUAUCCCACCUUUUGUAUUCCAAGGAGCUCAAGGUGCCACAAAAUAUUCUCCCCCUCCCUUCCUCAUUUAAUCCCCACAACAACCCAGUGAGGUAGCUUAGGCUGAGAGGCAGUGACUAGCCCAAGGUCACCCAGUGAGCUUCAUGGCUGAGUGGGGAUUUUGAACCCUGGCAAGUAAUAGGAGCAGUUUAUUAUUUAUUUUAUAUCGUAAAAUUUAUACAUCUCUUGAUGGUGAAAAAAAAGGGAGGAGAAACACCUUAAAUCACUUUACAAAAUAACACUUCGCGUUUAUGUAGUGUGUUCAAAUCACUCAUAGCAUUUUGCGUGAUUUCCGUAAUCUUUUGUUUAGUUAGCCACCACUAUCAUCCCCCCUGUAAUAUAGGUUGUCGGAAGAGGACUACGGUUAUCAAGUUGUAUGCUCUCUGUGCGCACACACAUGGAAUCCUGGGAACUGUACUUUGUUAAGGGUGCAGGCAAUGCUUUUUUCUGGGGGUACGCAUACCCCUAAACAUUUUGUGAAUCUUUGAACUUUUGUCCAUUUACUGUAUUUAUUUUUCCCGAUUUGAACUAUAAAAUUGUGAUUUUCUUGAGUCAAAAUGAGAGUAAACAUUUUUGUAGGGGGGGGGAGCCCUAGGCGAAGAGAAUUGAAGCUCUGUAAGGGGUAAACUACACUUCCCAGGGCUUGGGGUGGGUGCGCUUUAAAUGUAUGGUGUGUGUAUGUUCAUGUCCAUAGCACAAUUUGAACUGAGAACUUUCAGGCCAAUAGCCAACGUUUCUGCACUAGCCAGAGGUGAUGUGUCUGACUUUGCAUGUGAAAUAAGUUUGUUUUUGAAUCUGGGUGAGUGAAUUCACAAGUGAGUGGGUUAGUGUGUAGCAGAAAUAAAAACAAAAUUGUACCCAGAGAGGUCACCCUGCGUACAUUCUGGCCUCCGGAAGGGCAUAAAGAAGCUUUUGCUAAAAGAACAACCCAGAAUCAUGACAAACAACCCUAUCUUUUUCACUUCCAAACACUUGUGUAAGAAUUUGUCUAGUGUCCAAAUUUGUCUCAUGUCGGCGGCCUAAUCUGGCCCGUGUGGCAGUUUAUUUGCUGGGGUAAAAUCCUAAAAAAAGGUCAACAACAUUGGUUGGCCCUUCGGUCGGCCCCCACGGCCCUUUACUUCAUCAAAUCUGGCCCUCUUUGCAAAAAGAUUGGACACCACUGGUCUAGUGCAAUAUUAAAUGUUCCAUAAUUAUGAAUAUGCUUCAUGUUCACACUUCACCUGCAAGAAUGGGAGAAUAUAUGUGGGUGGGGGGUUGGAAAGAGAGAGAGAAGAUUCAUCUUUUGCAAGUCUUUCACUCCCUGAGCAGAAAAGAUUUUAGAAGUAUAUUCAUGAACACUAUUCAGUGAUCGGUGACCUGAAAGCUGCAUGCCUUUGAGUGAAGCUGCAGCUUUCAGCACAUGUCGUCUCAUUACUACCUGAGAAGGGGCGUAUAUAGGAGAUUGCAAUCCUGUAUGUAAUAAUUAAUCUGUAGGAGCAACCACCUCCUCAUUCCAUUCAGUUAUAAAAGGGGAGGGGAGCCCUUGGCUGUGAGCAAUGAAGCAAACAUGAAGGACACACAGCAAUCAAACAGUUCCUCUAUUAAGUUCACUGAUGGAACUGGCAUGGAAAUAAGGAAUUGGAAAGUGAUAACCAGUGUAACAUGGAGAUUCUGCUCUUUACUGUGCAAGUCCAUUGAUUCAUCUGGCUGAGUAUUAUCUCCCCCAGGGAGAGGACCUGUAGUCUAACAACAUCUGGAGGACCACAGGCUCCCCAUCCUUGGUCUAUAUCUGGUGUGGGGAGCCUUUGACCAUCCAGAUGUUGCUCACUACAACUUCCACCAUUCCUGUUUGCCGAGGCUGGUGGGCAUUGUCCUUCAUCAACAUCUGGAAGGCCAGGGUUCCCCAUCUUUGAUCUACACUGGCAGGAACCGUCCAGGGCUUCAGAAAUAAGUCUUUCACCAUCUUUACCUGGAGAUCACCAGCAAUUGAAUCAGCACUGGAUAGCUCAGUUGAUUAGAGAGUAGUGCUGAUAACGCAAAGGUGGCAGAUUUUAUCCCUGUAUGAGACAGCUGCAUAUUCCUACUGCCGUUGGACUAAAGUCCUAUGAUUCUGUGAUUGAACCUGAGAUCUUCUCAUACAAAGCAUGUGUUUUACCUCUGAGCUAUAGUCUCUCUGCCCUGCCACCCGGUAGUCUGAGGAAAUAGGGAAUGUUUACAGGCGCACCUGUAAGGUAAAGGUAAAGGUCCUGACCAUUAGGUCCAGUCAUGACCGACCCUGGGGUUGCGGCGCUCAUCUCGCUUUAUUGGCUGAGGGAGCCGGCGUACAGCUUCCGGGUCAUGUGGCCAGCAUGACUAAGCCGCUUCUGGCGAACCAGAGCAGCGCACAGAAACACCGUUUACCUUUCUGCCGGAGCGGUACCAACUGCUAGGUUGGCAGGAGCAGGGACCAAGCAAUGGGAGCUCACCCCAUCGUGGGGAUUCGAACCGCCGACCUGCUGAUUGGCAAGUCCUGGUCUCUGUGGUUUAACCCACAGCCCCACCCGUGUCCUGUUGCGCACCUGUAACAUAGCACAUAAACAGACUGAUCAGUUAUCCUUUAACCACCAUGUUGUACUCAUAGCCAAAGUGCUUCAAGAGAGGCAUCUGCCUGCAAAGGGAAUGCAAGACGAGACGGACCUUUGGUCUAAUCCAACAAGGCAAUUCUUGAGUUCUAGGGGUUGUGAGCGCCAGCUCAUGAACAUACGUGCGGCUGUGUUUCCACGCACACACCCUGUAAAGUACACCGUCCUCCUUUGCAGGUUAGGUGCACUUGCUGCCCCACAGCCUUUCAGCCUCCCCCCCCCCCCUUGGCAUCUCAGCAUGAAAGGCUUAUGGCAAUUCAGGCCAGACGGCUGCUCAUCUGAGCAUGCUCCCGAUGUGGGAGAUGCAGACCAAAGUCCCAAGGCCAGCUCCCCCACCCUGAGACACACAAUCGCUUGCUUUUCUCUCUUGGUCCCUUUCUCUCCACUUUAUCAGCAACCAAGGUCCUGUCAGACACAACAAAUCCUUGGAUUCAGUACAUGUACAGGGCUUAAUUGGCCAAAGGGAAAUGGCUAGAAAGGGACCAGCCCAAGCAAGCGUUGUGUGUCCUGCUUUUACAGAGGAGAGUCCUCUGUUUCGAAAGGCUGUCAGGAGAUGCUCCUCUGUUUGAUGGUGUCUUCCAUUGGAAAGUACCCUUCCGCUUCCUAAUUUCUAAACAUUACUUUUUUAAGUGUAGGUUUUUGACUUUAUUUGGGCUGCUUGGUUGGGAUGGCGUUGCCUGUUUGAGCGGGGACGAUGACGAAUGUUUCCUGCUGGGGUUUGUUGUUGUUGUUUAGUCAUUAGUCGUGUCCAACUCUUCGUGACCCCAUGGAACAGAGCAGGCCAGGCCCUCCUGUCUUCCACUACCUCCCGCAGCUUGGUCAAAUUCAUGCUGGUAGCUUCAAGAACACUGUCCAACCAUCACAUCCUCUGUCGUCCCCUUCUCCUUGUGCCCUCCAUCUUUCCCAACACCAGGGUCUUUUCCAGGGAGUCUUCUCUUCUCAUGAGGUGACCAAAGUAUUGGAGCCUCACCUUCAGGAUCUCUCCUUCCAGUGAGCACUCAGGGCUGAUUUCCUUCAGAAUGGAUAGGUUUGAUCUUCUUGCAGUCCAUGGGACUCUCAAGAGUCUCCUCCAGCACCAUAAUUCAAAAGCAUCAAUUCUUCGGCAAUCAGCUUUCUUUAUGGUCCAGCUCUCACUUCCGUACAUCACUACUGGGAAAACCAUAGCUUUAACUAUAUGGGCUUUUGUUGGCAAGAUGCUGUCUAGGUUUGUCAUUGCUUUUCUCCCAAGAAGCAGGAGUCUUUUAAUUUUAUGACUGCUGUCACCAUCGGCAGUGAUCAUGGAACCCAAGAAAGUAAAAUCUCUCACUGCCUCCAUUUCUUCCCCUUCUGUUUGCCAGGAGGUGAUGGGACCAGUGGUCAUAAUCUUAGUUUUUUUGAUGUUGAGCUUCAGACCAUAUUUUGCCUUCUCCUCUUUCACCCUCAUUAAAAGGUUCUUUAAUUCCUCAUCACUUUCUGCCAUCAAGGUCGUGUCAUCUGCAUAUCUGAGGUGGUUGAUAUUUCUUCCGGCAAUCUUAAUUCCGGCUUGGGAUUCAUCCAGCCCAGCAUUUUGCAUGAUGAAUUCUAAAUAAACAGGGAGACAAUAUACAGCCUUGUCGUACUCCUUUCCCAAUUUUGAACCAAUCAGUUGUUCCAUAUCCAGUUCUAACUGUAGCUUCUUGUCCCACAUAAAGAUUUCUAGCUCUAGAUUGUUUGUUUGGGGGAAGGGUGGUGCUUUGCCUGUUUUGGAUGGUGGUGGUUCUGACCAUCGCCUUUUUUUUUAUCCUGUCAAAUGGGUAGUUUCUGGUGCCCCUCAACAGUUGGUGUAGAAUACAAUGGCCAGACUGGGAGCUUCCACCUGAGAACAUGUGACACCAUUGUUAAAACAGCUUCUCUGGCUGCCCACUUGCUACUGAGAGAGGUUCGAGCUUCUUGUGUUAAUUUACAAAGCCCUGAACAACUUAAGCCCAGGGUACCUCAGGGAUUGCCUUAACCCUUGUGUUAUAUCCCAGUAGAGGUUUGGGGUUUGUGUGUGUGGUUUCUUUUGUAAAAAAAUUAAUUGGAAUUUUUAUGAAAGUGAUACAAAACAGUACCAAGAACAAGGCAAAAAAUAAAAUAAAAAAUACAGAACAAUCAAACCAGAUGUUCCUGAUCCCAGACACUGAGAUCGUCUGCAAGAGCAUCGUCGGUCAUUCCCUAAGCUGGUGAGGCUUGUUUGACAACAAGAUACUGAGCCUUUAGUGUCAUCUGUGAUGUUUCUACAUUUUUAGAACUGGGAUUUUUGUAUGCUGUUACAUUUGCUAUAGAAUUACUGUUCUAUUAUUGCUGCUAUUAUUAAAUUAUUCUUGCAGUCUGUUGCUUUGGUGAUGCCUUGCCCUGAUUGUCGCUUUCAGCAUAAUUUUGUGUGUAUGUGAAAAGGUGUCAUACAGAUAAAUUGAUUAUGAUUUGGAAUUUUUUGCUUGCUUUGCGGUUAAUAUUAGUUAGGCUUAAGCCCAGUUCUAGGGAUGUGGGUGGCGCUGUGGGUUAAACCACAGAGCUUAGGACUUGCCGAUCAGAAGGUCGGCGGUUCGAAUCCCCGUGACGGGGUGAGCUCCCGUUGCUCGGUCUCUGCUCCUGCCAACCUAGCAGUUUGAAAGCACGUCAAGUGCAAGUAGAUAAAUAGUUAAGGUAGCAGGAAGGUAAACAGUGUUUUCGUGCGCUGCUCUGGUUUGCCAGAAGCAGCUUAGUCAUGCUGGCCACAUGACCCGGAAGCUGUAUGCCAGCUCCCUCGGCCAAUAAAGCGAGAUGAGCGCCGCAACCCCAGAGUUGGUCACGACUGGACCUAAUGGUCAGGGGUCCCUUUACCUUUACCUAAGCCCAGUUCUGGUGUCUCUCUCCUCUCCCAAUCCCAUGUUAUUAACGCUGUAUGAAUAGGAAAGUGGGGGAAGCACUCUCACUGCCGCCCCUCACUGCCUCUCAUUGCCAUCGCUGCUCCCACAGCCCCUCACAUGCCGAGAGGACUGAACCUCUGCCAUGGGGAGCCUUUUUUCUACCCCAUAGUCUCUCUAGAUCUUCCACUGCAGGAGUGGUUAGAGUUCAACAACAAACUUUUAUUCUCAGCUAUAAUUGAUCUCGCAGGUGAAGAAUGCUUUCGUUUUUAUAAAUAUUUAUUAUCUGUACAGCGAAUCUUUGUAUGAGUGAAUGUUUUGUUAUCCAGUUGUAGCUGUGCUGUGUCUUUGUACUUUUGUCCUUCCAGACCAUGAGGCUUUAUAGUUUAAAUUUCUGGUUCUUCCUUUUCCCUUCCUUUUUUGUUAGGCUUACACUUUUGUUUGCUAAUAAAAAAAAACUAAAAAAAAACAACAACAAUCGGGGGUGCUAGCAAACACGGCCCUUAUUCCCCCUCACAUCAUAAUUGUGUGAGGGGGGAAAACCUGAAGAGGACUAUAGGGAUUCAAAAUUCAUAUCUAUGGUCUUAACCCCUUCAUGCAUUAAUUAGACCAGGGUUUCCCAAACUUGGGUCUCCAGCUGUUUUUGGACUACAAUUCCCAUCAUCCCUGACCACUGACCCUGCUAGCUAGAGAUGAUGGGGGUUGUAGUCCAAAAACAACUGGAGUUCCAAGUUUGGGAAACAUUGAAUUAGACUGAAGCAUGUUGGUUAUAUGAGACUGGUUAUCCCACAAACUUUAUGUCAGGUUGUGGUGUGCUCACAAAUUCCAUUUUCCCCCCUCCCAGGCUACCUCUGCAGCUGACAAGGAGGAAGUGUUUCCUGGCAUGGAUUUUCCCUUUCAGAACAUCCUUGAAGGCAGCACUGAGGAUGAAGAUGAUGAAUUUUUACAUAGCCUAGUAACAGCACCGGGGAAUGAGGUGUCAACUGAGCUGGUACGCUUCGGUUAUUUUCUAUAGCAAGUGGGUUGUUGUAAUCUAAAUAUCUUCAUCUGCCCCUGAAGGCUGGCUCACGCGGCAGCUGCUACCUACCUAGUUUUAGGGCUUAUCCACAUCUCUGCUCUUCCCAGGCAUGGUCCACGCUUUAGAAAAGCUCAGUGUUCAAGCGCCUUCUUUUUUUUCUUUUUCUCUUUUGCUCCAGAUGUUUCUCCAUGGAAACCUGUUCUUUAAAGUUCAAUCGAAACAAAUGGCAUUCCAUGGAAAAACCUCUGUAAAUGACUAAGCAGAGGGCCAAUACCUAUGCCAGGAGUGAAGAACGCAACAAAUUAAAGAAUCAGCUACCAUUUUGAAAAAACAGAGAGAUGUGUGCGUUGUGUAGCUCCUAGGUCUUCCUACACCAUUAGAAGAUAGCAGCACUUUGCUUUGGAAGGUGGGAGGCCUGCUCAGUGGCAGGGAGGAGAAGACUUGGCAUCUUAGUUGGUGUCUUACAAAAUAUGAUUUCCUAACUGUCACCAUCUUGUUAUCUCAGGAAGAUGCAAAACCCUCAAUGUCUUCAGUUCACCAAACCACAAUCCGGGGAGACUCUGAGACAAAAGAGGUACAUUUGGGGUUUUGUUCUGGAAAAAGCAGUGCCACGUUGAAAGAAAGGAAUGGGGGUGGGGGGAGUUAAAGGGAUAGUGACCAUAAAUAAGUUCAGUGGAACUUAUUUCUGAGUAAACAUACAUUAGUUUAUUGCCUUCUGGUGUGGGGGGUUGCUAUGGUGAAUAUAUAGCACUAAAGUGCCAUGUGGAACCACCAUUUUAAUUCCCACUUUUUUUUGCUGAGGCACUGAAAAUCCUCUGUUAGAGAAUCCUUGCUUUCCUUCAGAGACCUACAAUUCUCAAGGUUCCUUGUGAAGACAGAGUGAAGCCAGUUUUAACCUGCAGUAUGGCUGCAGGUUAAUCAAAGUGGCUGGUCUUGAAUAGCAACCAUCAUCAGAGAUGCACUGUUUAGAGAAUUCUCAGUUUGUUCAUUUUGCCCGGUUAGAAAACACUUUUCUUUAAAUCUCCCAGAAUGUCUACUAACGGCUCUUUUGCACACCUUUCAGGCACAGCCUGUGACUGAAAAAUCAUGGUGGCCUCCAGCGACUGUUACAAAGGAGCAUCCUCAGAAGGCUGAAGUGAGUCAAUACAGGGUUUUGGUAGUCCAUGGGGUUUGGUAAUCCAUGCCAUAUUUUUGUGAGACAUCAUCACCAAUACAGUUAAUCUCAGCCAUUCCUCUGUAGGUAUAUUGCCCAGGACUUUUUGAAAUAUUUCAGGACCUCCCUGGGGAUUUAGGAAGAUAUACUGAAAGACAUUGUACUGGUUAUUUGGAAGGCCCACCCGCCCACAUGACACAGUCAUUGACACUGAGACAUUGACAGACACAGCUUUGCUCAAAAACAAUAUGGCGUAUUUUUCAGGAUUCUACGAGUGGUUAAUUUAUAGAGAGUGAAAUGCCAGGCCUUGAUUCUCUGACCAAGCUCCAUGACUUCUGACUGACACUCCCCUCAUCAAAUCCCAGAUUGAUAUGAAUGGUUAUCUUGAUAGGUCUUAUUACAUUUUCAUUACAAAUGUGCACCUUAACAAUGUAAACAGGCAGGGAGGUUAUCUGAUUUUUGUCAUUGUCUUGUGUCUCAGGAGGACCCACAUGUCUCGACUCCUGAUGUUCACCAAACCGUGGGCAGGGGAGACUCUGUGGCAAAAGAGGUAUGUAGGGAGUUCGCUAUCAAGAAGCCAAUGCCACUGUGGAAGAAGGGGGAAAGGGGGAAACAACUAAAGGGACCGUAACCAGGAAAAGCAGAACCGUCAUGUUUGCAAUACCAACUUCCUAGAAAGUAUAUGUGUAUGUUUUGCAGGUAAGGUUUACUGGUAGGUUUGGUUCACAUUUUAACACAAACUCUACCUAACCUUCACUUUGCAAAGCAAUACACUCAAGAUGGCGGGGGUGGCAGCUUUCAGCCUGAGGGCUGCAUUCCCUUCUGGGCAAACUUCUGAAGGAGUCAUGGCCUCCCCAAAAAUUCCAGGGACUGUAGGAGAUCCCUAUUCCCCUCAGAGAGCUACCAAUCCCAAAGUGGUUUAACAAUCAGCCCCUCUUCCUAGGGAACUAUGGGAUUUCUAGCUCCAUGAAGGGAACAAGUCUCCCAACAACUCUCAAUGCCCUUAACAAACUACAGUUCCCAGAAUUCUCUGAGGGGAAGCCAUGACUGUUUAAAGUGCUAUAAUACUGCUUUAAACGUAUACUGCAGAUGGAGCCUUGUUUUUGUCAGAUACUGUCCCUUCCAGAUCUGCAGUUACAUGGAAAGUAACAAUGCACCUUGGCAAUGUAAAAUGGCAGGGAGGUUAUUCAAUUUCCUAACUGUUGUCAUCUUGUAUCUCAGGAGGAACCACAACUCUUGACUCCUUCUGUUCACCAGACCGUGGUCAGGGGGGACUCUGUGGCAAAAGAGGUAUGUAGGCAGUUCACGAUCAAGAAGUCAGUGUCGCUGUGGAAGAAGGAGCCUAGACAGAAUUAUGGCAGCCUGACAGAGAGGCCUGGAAUGGCAGCACUAUUUCUUUUAAAUCAAUAUUGUGACAUUUAUAUCCCACUUCUCUUCCGCAAAGUUCAAGAUGGCAUAUGUGGUUCUCCUACUCAUUUUUUUCAUCCUCACAACAAUCCUGUGAAGUAGGUCAGGCUGACCAUGUAACUUGGACCAAGGUCACCCAGUAAGAUAAAAUAUUGUCAGAUAAAAUAUUGUCCUUCCAGUUCUACAGUUACAUGGAAAGAGGGAAAGAAGAAAGUUUUUUUAAAGUCUGGAAUAAUCAGGUGGAAAUGACGCAGAAGGAAGGAACUCUGAUGGGAUGAAAUAAUAGGGUAGAUUUAGAAAGUUGGGGGUGAGUUGUCACACGCACAGAGAGAGAGAGGGGGGGGUCUGCUUUAAAGUCUCGGAUAUGGCCCUGGAGGGCCUUGAGGUAUGUCUAUAUUAGGGUUGCCAUAUUUCAAGUAAAAAUCUGGACACAAAAAAUGGUUAAACUUUUUUAGGGCAAUCACCUGAUAGCAUCUCCACCACUGCCAAGCCUAAACCAGAGCCUGGGUUGCCAGAACCUGAAGCAGAGCCACCCAAGCAUAUUUAAACAAAAAAAAUCCAGGACAUUUGCUUUAAAAUGUAAAAUUCUCCCCAGAUGGGCAUGUAGGACCCGCAGAAGAGGACAUGUCCAGGAAUUCCUGGAUGUAUGGCAACCCUAGAUUCCUGACCUAGUGAAAAAAGUUUUAAAUGUGUAAUUUAUUUAUUUAUUUAUUGGCUUUUUGACAGGUGAUUACGAAAGAGGAAACCUCAUCCAUUUCCCCUCCCAAGACAGCCGCUGCCUCCAUUAUUGGGGUAAAAAGGGGGAAAGUUGAUGUUUGGGACUACAAUUCCCAUCAUCCCUGACCACUGGUCCUGUUAGCUAGGGAUGAUGGGAAUUGUAGUCCCAAACAUCUGGAGGGCCGGAGUUUGCCUAUGCCUGCUCUAUGGGUUAUGACCUUCCUCUCUGUGUUCCAUUGGUGAGAGGUGAUCUAUUGCUAACUACUUUUUCUGUUUUUCUUAGAUGCAUAAUCUUUCCCAGUGUGUCUGUCCAGCAACACCAGGCCCUCGUGGUGCAAAGGUACACAUCUAAGCUUUCUCCCCCUGUGUUGGGUUGCUGUGGUAAUGGCAAGUCCAGGCCAGUCUGCAGCUGAGGGUGUGUCUAGUCUACAAAAGGCAUUUUCAAACACUGCCUUGAAGAACAUGCAUAAGGCAAAUGAAAACCUAUUGGGCUUCCCUAGCCAUAAAGAAGGCCACAUCUAUACUACUGUGGUUGCUACUUCCCCCCUCCCCAAACCAAAUAACCUGUGCCUUUUGAGGGUGGCACAAUAACCAGGCAUCCAAAAGCUGCAACUGCCCCCCAUCUCUGUAUCUCCUUGCUGAGAAGCAUUCAUGCUGUUGAGCUGUACUGAUCUAUUGUUUUGGAGCUGUUAGUCCAGCCAGUCCAGGGCAUCCUGGCGCUGGGACUGAUGAGAGUUGUAGUCCAAAACAUCUGGAAGGUAGCACCUGGUUGGCCGAAUGCUGUGUUGCUAUGGGGACUCUAGCUGCUAGACAGCAGCCCAAAUAAAUCUCAAGUCGGAAGGAUGCUAUUGCACUUAGGUCCUGCUUGUGGGCUCCUCCUAGGCACCUGCCUGGCCACUGUGAGAACAAGAUGCUAGACUAGAUGGGCCAUUGACCUGGUCCAGCAGGUCUCUCCUUAUGCUCUUUGCCUACAGUGAGCUGAGAAAUAUUUCACUCUGUAUGGAAGAAUCAUAGAAUCGUAGAGUUGGAAGGGACCCUGAGGAUCAUCUAGUCCAAGCCCCAGCAAUGCAGGAAUCUCAGCUAAAGCAUCCAUGACAGAUGGCCAUCCAACCUCUGCUUAAAUACCUCCAAGAGUACUAUGGAAUCCAGUUAAGAUGACUUUAAAGCCCUAAACAGCCUCGGUCCAGUAUACCUGAAGGAGCGUCUCCACCCCCAUCAUUCUGCCCAAACACUGAGGUCUAGUGCCAAGGGCCGUCUGGCAGUUCCCUCGCUGCGAGAAGCCAAGUUACAGGGAACCAGGCAGAGGGCCUUCUCGGUAGUAGCACCCGCCCCGUGGAACGCCCUCCCACCAGAUGUCAAAGAGAGGGGGAAACUACCAGACUUUUAGAAGACAUCUGAAGGCAGCCCUGUUCAGGGAAGCUCUUAAUGUGUAAUAGGUUUUUGUAUUUUAAUAUUCUGUUGGAAGCCGCCCAGAGUGGCUGGGGAAACCCAGCCAGAUGAGCAGGGUAUAAAUAAUAAAUUAUUAUUAUUAUUAUUAUUAUUAUUACUUGUCCCUAAAGGAACAACCAUGGCCCCAUCUCCAGCCAUACAUUUAAGUUUCCCCAAAAUAUGUGUGCAUAAGCUUCUCCCAGAAGCCAUUCAAAAUAAGUGUGCCAAAAGCAGACAAAUAAGUGAGUUGCCUGCUGGCAUUGGCUCCAGUCUGCCUAUCUAAGCAAGUCCAAGACUCCAGAGGUUUCUAAGAGAGAAGGGGAGCACUUUGCACAGCAGGAGACUGAGUACAGACCUUUGCUGUAGAUAUUGACUGUUGCCUGAAUCCAAAGUGCACGCCUCUCAUCCUAUGUUCUUUCCUGUGGCAGGGAGACAAAGGUGACCAGGGUCCUCCAGGAGAAAGAGGACUUCCUGGGGAAAGAGGGCUAGCAGGCAACCCAGGCCAACCUGGACCUGCAGGACCCCCGGGACCACCAGGCCAGUCCCUUCCAGGAUCUCCAGAAUGUGGUGAUGCCAAUGGUGGAAAUGAAAAGGUGAGACUGGGCCGGGGGAGAGAAUUGAGGUCACUUACUGAUGAGUUGUUUGUUGAGCAUUCAUCCUGAUUGGCUUCCACAAAGUUUGUGGAGAGGUUAGACAGCUCUGAACACUCAUUCUGAUCUAUUUGGGGGGGGGGGGGUUAUGACAUCACAUCAAGCAGCUAUCAUCACACACCUUCCUGUGUGUUUUCCCAUCACUUUGGUUAUCACAAAAAAGACUGAUUUGGGGUGGGGGGAGUGUGUUUGUUAUGCAACAGCACCAAAUCAACUUUAAUUGGGCAACCGGAAUGUGCCAAUAUGUGAUUGAUCCACAGCGGAAGAUAGCAACACUUUGGAAGCACAGAGGCCGGGGGGUUUCCAGGCUAUGUGCAUUAAAAUCUUUUUCCAGCGCUUUGAAGUAUCAUCAACUUUAUGAGCAAAUGUUUUCAGGCUUUCAGGGAGGUUUCUAACACUUUGGCCCAUGCUACAGUCCCAAUCUGGAUUGGCGGAGGCAGCACCGGUUAUUUGCAUGGAAAGAAAAGUUUCCAUUCGUGUUAACUGAAGCUUUUCUUCCAGGCAUAGGAGAGAUGUCCAAUCCAGAUUGGGACUGCAGCAAGGGGAAAGUAUUAAAGUCCUCCCUGCCAGGUUCCCAAUGCCUGCCGUUUAUUUAUUUUUUAAAAGCCUUUCAUGCAGCUGCUAUUUUUUGGGAACAGCUUCUCUUCUGCUUUGGCCCUACGACACUCACACAUGCAUUAUAUCAGCCCAAGGUAGACAUGGAAUUGCAGCCCUGUCAUGUCUUGUUUAUCGUUUCAACCUAGUUCUUACUGAAGCGAUAAGCUUUUAUCAGGACUACGGAUUGUGGGUGGGAGCUCGCAUGGUUGAAUACAAAGAAAUUCCCUGCACACUGCGCCAGACUUCUCCCUUACAUGCUAGCUUUCUGCAUUUGGGGUUUUUUUGUGGAGGGAAAUAUUAUCACGUUGCUCCCACCUCCCAUCUGAAGUGAUCCAACUCAGACCCAGGUAUAUCCUCUCAGGAAGAACUAGAUCUUAGCUUUGGUUUCCUAUGAAGUCAGAAAUCUUGACAAAUGCAUUAGCAACUUCCCAAAGAUGCUGAACGAUAUUUUCUCUGCCUCUUAAAAGAUCAACAAUACACCUUGUGCCUCUUUUGUCAUUUUUCCUAGGGGGUCAGCAUCAUGGAAGGGCCCCCUGGUCCAAUGGGCUACCCAGGUCUUCCUGGACCUCCAGGAUACCCUGGUCAGGAAGGACCCCAAGGGCCCCCUGGCCUUCCAGGCCACGAAGGUCAGCAAGGUACGCCAGGCCUCCCUGGCACACCAGGCCAGCCUGGCCCACCAGGAUCCACAGGGCCUGCAGGCAUGCCGGGGCCAGUGGGGGCAGAGGGGAUUCCCGGAGCCAUGGGCCCUGAAGGGCAUCCAGGACUUCCAGGCCACAUGGGGCCACCAGGACCACCAGGCACCCCCGGGCAGAAAGGGCCUCCAGGACGAGAAGGGCUUCCAGGGAAGGACGGGCCAAAGGUAAGCAGCACCGAAAGUGGGGUCAUGGGUGAACUGUCAGAGGUGGGUGGCCUAAUAGCAGGAAGGCAGGAUGGAAGGGAGAGGAAAGCUAAAUAAGACAGGCAGGAACAGGGUCACAAACUUGCAUGCCUCCUCCUACCUACGCCCUGUAACAAUGACAGGUAUUUUGCUAGCUGGUAGAUAAAUGCCUGAAUUUCCAAAGCAAUUUGGUUGGGUCUCUGCUUGCCUUGAAUCAGAAGCAGAGUGGGUGGGUGUGAGUCAGAGGCAAGGGACACCAAGCCUACAUUUCUCUAAUAAUAAUAAUAAUAAUAAUAAUAAUAGUAAUGUUGGUACAGUGGUACCUCGGUUGUCGAAUGUCAUCUGUUCUGGAAGACCGUUCGACUUCCAAAACAUUUGACAACCGAGGUGCAAAGGGCCAUCUGCAAUUUCCAUUGAGAAAACUGAAAAACACACCACAGAAGCCGUUCAGCUUCCGAGGUGUGUUCGAAAACGGAAGCAAUUACUCCUGGGUUUUCGGGGUUGGAAAAACGAAACAUUCGGCUUCUGAGAUGCUCGGAAACCGAGGUACCACUGUACUUAAAACCUUGGGUUUCUGUUUUAGGACUUGUGAUAAUGUUUGUGGUUUAUUCUUGCAGGGUGAGAAGGGUGAGGUUGGCCUACAGGGCCCUCCUGGUAAUCCAGGUGUGAAAGGUGAAAUGGGGCUUCAGGGUGUACCUGGGCCCAUGGGUCCUCCUGGUGAGAAUCAGGUGAGUGGAAAUGCACUUUGCUCUGAGCUAGCAUGCUCUCUGAUACCCAUCUGGGAUUGCUUACUUAUGACACACUAAGGCCGUGUACACAUUCCCGCUUAUUCUGCAUCCACUGCUCUCCCACCGCUGGUUUGUGAAGACAUAUACACACGACACUAACCACAAUCCACACCUGUCCUGUAGUGUCUUGAGGAACAUUGCAUUCUGACGUGUUUUCCUCCCACAAACCAGCUUCCAUCUGAUCAGGAAAGCCAUAUGAAGGCAUUAGGGUUGCCUGACCUCCAUCCAGGUGGCAGGUGGAGGGUUUGAAUGUCCAGGUGGAUGGGAGUGCCUUUAAUAAUAAAAAAUAUUAUUAUUAUUAACAGAACUGUGCAUUCAGCUUGAAGGCUCUAGCCCAGCAGGAGCUGGCUGCAAAUUAUAGCAUAGACACUCUGGGCGAUCUGCCUUCCUUCUCUCUCCUCUCCCCUCUCCCAAUUAAAUUCUGUCUCCAUGAUCCACCGGGGGCCUCCCUCAGAACAUCAAAUAAAUAAAUAAAAAGGAGUAUUCCCUGGAUGCCUAGUUCCAAGUUUAGGGCAAGUGCUCUUUGGUUAGCGGAACCCCAGCAGAGAUUUAAAAUCGCAAAAUAUGCAGCAAAGAGUGGAAAUAUAGGCUAUUAGAUCUUAAAAACCAUCCCUUCUAAGUUGCUUCCAAAAUUCCCCUCAGUGGCAGACUUUGAGCUCUCAAAUUUCAGUAGCACCAUGUGCAACACUAAAAUUCUGCACGCACCCUGCCUCUUGCACUCCAUUCUAAAGCAUUGUUUUGGCGCCCCCUGCAAUGCGGGGCCCAGUGUGACCAUACCGGUCAUGCUACCCUUAAACCGCUUCUGUUCCCUCUUCCCUUAGCAUAGAAAGAGACCACAUGUAAGUGGUUUACUUACAAUCUCUUCAACAGUCAUAUUCAUGUGUUUUUCCAUACAUCGGCAAGAAAACACAGGAAGUAAAACUUAAGUUCCAAAGUGGUGAAUGCUUCUAAAUUAUUUGUAUAGAAACACAAAGAUAGCUGCUUAAGCCACACAGCCUUAGCUUGAAACAUCCAACUUAGACCUCCUUAUACAGGUAGGGUUCACAUGAUAAUCCUUCCACCCAAGGUAAGGAGGAGUGACCUGGCCAAGCCUGGCAAGACAGCUUGCUCUAUGGUCUUAAAGCCUUCGUGCAUUAAUUAGACUUAACUUAAGCAUGUUGGUUAUAUGAGGCUGCUUAUCCCACAGAAGUGGGGUGAGAUGGCCCCAAAGGCAAGCUUGUAUAUAACUUACUUUCAUAGAAACUUUCAAGACAUUAUGACCACAGACACGAGCCUGCCAAAGCAUAGGGUGAUCCUGGUUACAUUUUAGAAGCUAAGUGGAACCAGGAAUUGUAAUAGUUACAAGGCUUCCAUUGCUUCCUAUUGAUCCUUGGGCCCUUGCCCCUCUAUGCGGGACUGCUUUUUAUUCUUCCUUGCCCCUUCCAUUUCCGCCUUCCACUCCCCCAGUUGUUACAAAAAAGAGAGGAGAAAAUCCGUGGUUUUUUUCCUUAAGGUAAGAUGAACGGACAUUGAAAACUAUACAUGUGUUUUAUAAAUAUAAACAGGUAUGUGCAAAAAUUAUUCUUAAUUGGCAUGUAAACACCAAAGUCUGCCAAGAACACAGGUCCGAAGGAUCUGUCACUUGUGCAUGGGCAGUUGUUGGGGGGUGUUCCUUAUGGGUUACAUCAAUGCCCUUCUCUUCUCUCUUUGUAGUGCAACACUCAUGCAAGAGUUCUUGGACCUCCAGGUCCUAAGGUGAGUAUGACACUUAUCAAGCAACAUGGCAGAGAUGGGGGGAAGCAGUGGCCUUCCAGAUGUUCUUGGGCUCCAGCUCCCUUCAAUCCCAGCCAGCAAUGUCAAUGGUGAGGGAUGAUGGGGGUUGUAACCUGACAUCUGCAGGGCUGCAGGUUCCCCCGCCCUACUUGCACUGGCAUGCUUUUGAACUGCUAGGUUGCCAAGAGCUGGGACAGAGCAACAGGAGCUCACCCCGUCACGGGGAUUCGAACCGCCGACCUUCUGAUCGGCAAGUCCUAAGCUCUGUGGUUUAACCCACAGCGCCACCCACAUCCCUAGAACUGGGCUUAUGCCUAACUAAUAUUAACCGCAAAGCAAGCAAAAAAUUCCAAAUCAUAAUCAAUUUAUCUGUAUGACAGCUUUUCACAUACACACAAAACUGCUAGGUUGGCAAGAGCUGGGACAGAGCAACAGGAGCUCACCCCGUCACGGGGAUUCGAACCGCCGACCUUCCGAUCAGCAAGCCGAAGAGGCUCAGUGGUUUAGACCACAGCGCCACCCUUUGCCCCCCAUCCUUGUCAUACCAGCAGGAGAAACAAGGUGGUGCAGGAAGGGCAUCCAAAAUCUCUGUGUGUGGGCAACCACCGCAAAGACAACGGUGUGUAGUUAGGUUGUGGACUAGAGUUGACUUUGGAUACCCUGGAAAUUCUUUUUCUUCCUCACUUUCACCACCCCCUGCCCCCAGUUACAAGGGGAAGAGUGGAGAGAUGGGGGGUGGGCUGCCUCUCCUUCCUUUCUCUUUGGGUGAUGCCCCUUCUUCAGAAGAAUGCGAUAGGAGCCCUAGCUCACUGAGCCCACCUCAAAGUUUUCAUCAUGAGCUGAAAGGAUGGAAAAAGUGGGAAACCCAGAGAACUCAUGAUCACGAAUUCUAUUCAUCCUUGUUCGUAGCUGUGUUUAUUUUUGCUCAUAUCCUCUUGUGAUAUGUGUCUCUUCCUCCCCGAAAAAAAAAUCCUUUUGUGUGUCUUUUCAGCAUUUAUAUUCCUGCCAUCUUAUCUUCUCCCUGCUUCUCUGGUCUCUGUUUUGCCUCGUAUCAAAAGCAGAGCGGGUAUGAGUCAGAGUUGAGGGACUCCAAGCGUACAUUUUUUCUUUAAAAAUAAAUAAAUUAGUACUUACAAACUUUGGAUUUCUGCCCAACUCUCUCUCCCUUUCCCUCCACCUUCCUCUGCUUCUGCCUUGCCUCUUGCAUAUGUUCGCAUUAGUGCUUUAAAACACAGCAAGGUUUGCUCCAAUUCAGCUGUAAAAUGGGAAAGUGCUGGGACAAAAAAAAAUCCCUGCUCCUACAUGGAGUUCUAAAGCACAGAGCUGUGCCUGGAAAGUGCAGUGCAAAAGGAAGUAUAGCUAAGCCCUUAGUUUCAUGCUCGCAGGGGGCCUGUCUAAUCAGUUAAUGGUGGAUUAAUCCUGGAACUGUAGAGCUGGAAGGGACUCUGAGGGUCAUCUAGUCCUACCCCCUGCAAUGCAGGAAUCUCAGCUAAAGCAGACAUGCAAGGUGGCCAUCCAACAUCUGCUUAAAAACCUCCAAGGAAGGAGAGUUCUCUCCUUGCAAAGAGCAGUGCAAAAUCGCCAAUCGUAAGAACUUUUGGGUAUCAGUAUACUUUGUGUGUGUUUGACUACAAAGCCACAGACUUCCUGAGUUCAUACUUUUAAGGUGCAGGGAAGCUGCCUGCAACUUUAGAUCUGCUUUGCUGGGUUGUGGCAAAAGCCCGUUUACUACUCCAGCCAUGUAUUCCCCUGCAAUCUUUUCAGAAGCAAAGAGCUGCAACGAAACCUAGGGGACAAAGCAGCAGUUAAUAACCCGGUUAGCCUCAUCACACCCCGAACAGAAUGAGCAGCGCAAGUUUGUACGCUGGGCAGGAGAAGCUGCUGUGAAGAAAGGCUGUUUUGAACCUAGAGACUCUAAAUACGGGGUGAUUUAGGGUCCUCACAAACCAUCAGCUUCAGGCAGUGCUGCCCACAUGUUCACUGAAGUGUCCUUUGAGUUGGCAAGCCACCCUGUCUUCUUCCCGAAAUUGGGUGUGGUGGGGAAAGGACCAUCCCCAGGAGUGUCGUUCUCUAACUUAAGAGCUCCUGAUCCUGCUUAUAUCAUAAGCUUAUGAAUAGGCUUGUCGCUGUGUCCCUGGCUGUACCUAUAAGUGUGUCAUGGUGAUUUGACCUCCCGUUUGGUUUCUUUUCUUUCCCCUUGCAGGGUGAAAAAGGAGAACCUGGAGAACGGGUACGUAGUUGUGCAAAGAGGACCCACAUCUUCAAAGCACUGUGAUGCAUUCUUCUUCUUCUUCUUCUUCUUCUUCUUCUUCUUCUUCUUCUUCUUCUUCUUCUUCUUCUUCAACUCAUUCUAAGGCCCUUCAUUGUGUUUUCUUACCCAGGAUUGCUGCAACUGCCCUAGAGCAACAAAAGCUGACUCUGACUCCUGGACACCUUUUACCUACCAAGAGGUACACUGAAAUAUGUUUGCCAACACCCUGCCAUUUAGGAUUGGUGGUCUUAACACUGAGUGCAUGGGGCAGUGUUUCCUCCAAGGAUCAGUUAAGGGGAAACUUGUGCUUGGUAUCUGCUACAAGCCUUUGUCUGUGGAGGAACAAAAAACAAAGGCGGAAGCCAAUGUAGGGCGAAAGGUAUUUUAGUGGGCUUUCAGUGCAAGUCUGAAUUGUCAUGAGCCAGGGGUCAGCAAACUUUUUCAGCAGGGGGCCGGUCCACUGUCCCUCAGACCUUGUGGGGGGGCCGGACUAUAUUGGGGGAGGGGCCCACAAAUAACCCAGAGAUGCAUUUUAAAUAAAAGGACACAUUCCACUCAUGUAAAAACAUGCUGAUUCCCGUACUGUCCAGGCCGGAUUUAGAAGGUGAUUAGGCUGCAUUUGGCCCCCAGGCCUUAGUUUGCCUACCCAUGUCAUGGGCCAUAUUGGAGGAGGUGUUUCCCCAGGAUCUCCUCUUAGGGUGCAUACAGGUUGUAGAAAAAACACCCCAAAAAUCAACCAACAAUUCUGUCCCACUGCUUCUCCUCAUACCCAAGAGUUCCAUCAUAUUGAUACAUGCAUGUUCCAAAGCAAUGCCAAUAUUAAUAUUUAGGCAUGGCUUAGUUAAAAAAAAAAAAAUGUUGCCACCGUUCCUGGCCUAUUUAUUUAUUUACUUACUAUUUCACGUCACAAGAUUUAUAUGCCGGUUGACUGUAACAAAGCCUCAAAGUAGUUUAUAGAAAGAGCCAAAAAAGCAGUGUCAAUAGACUCUCCCAGCUUGUACUAAUGGUGGUUGUGUUCCAAAGUGUGACCUGCCAUGGGUGUAAACAUCCUGAAUUUCAGCAGUCAAUGGGGAAAGAGGCAGGGGUGUGUGUGGCUUAUGUAUUAAGUAAAAAUGACAUGGGUGGGCAAGAUGUGCCCGUGAGCAAUAUCAGGAUAUUGAGUUGGCGUCUUUUUCUUCUCCUCCUCCUCCAGAAUGGCAAAGGAGACCUUGAGAUAUAUGGCUCGAUUGCCAGCCGUGUAAGCCAGCCAUUUCAUCUUCUCCAACAAACCUUGGUUUGGUUUUGGUUGUGGUUUUUUUAAAAAUUGUAUCUUGCCUUCAGAAUGUGCUGUCUUCCCAAUCUUGGCCUUUUCCCUUAAAAAAAAAACCGGAACAGAUAAAAAGAAGCAAUUUUGCCUAAACUGAGAGUAGGGAACCUUUUUCAGUCUGAGGGCUGGCUUCCCUCGUGGCAGCCUUAUGGGGUCCAUGUGGUAGGUGUGGCCAGAGGCAAAAGUGGGUGGAGCAAUGGAUGCGACUCCUACCUUUGAACAGAAGGAUACAUUCCAGCCAUGCAAAAGUCACAAGUUUCAGCACACAUGCAUACAAACCAUCCCUCCAUCCAAGCUAGCAGGCAGGGCUAGCCCAGGACGCUAGAGACAAAACACAAAUUGCUGCCCCGUCCCCUCUGCUGCAUGCUUGCAUGCUGCUGUGCACCCACCAUGCACCUGCCUGGCAUGUGCCCGCUGUCACAUGCAUGCAUGGGCAUGCAGCUGCGAGUGUAUGGGGGGGGGGGAGAGAGAAGAUCAUGAGCGGUGUGCUCAUCAGAGGCUGGAUCUGCUGCCCCUCCCAGCUGUCCAGAGCUUGCUGCCUUGAGGCUACUGCUUCAUCUUGCCUCAUGGGUAGGCUGGUCCUGCUAGCAAGAGACAUAAUCACAGUUCAAGGCACAGUCCAGCCAGGCAAAAGCACUUGAGAAGGGCUUGGUGAUGGAGUGCAGGUAGAGCGCCCCGGAGGGCUCUGCAUUCGACCCCUUGGCCCCAGUUUCCACCCACCAUCCCAGACUAAAUGAGCAUUGUAUGGAACCAAAGAUCCCAGGCUGACUUCCUUAGAGCACUGGAGUCCACCCGAGUCUUGCACGAGAAACAGUUGUGCAAGCAGGCAAGCUAUUUGCCAGCCCGUUCAGAUGUAAAGGUGUGAAAUGUUUGCAAAGUUCGGUUUCAGAAUGCAGAUAGCAUCCAGUGUCUCUGUUCCCUUCUCUGCUUCUUCUAGGGUCCUCCAGGCCCCGCAGGAAAUCCUGGCAUGCCUGGGCCCCCAGGCCCUCCUGGACCACCGGGAGUUAUUUACCUUAAUGUAAGUGAUCCUCCUCCCCCCCCAAAAAAAACCCCACCUCAAUGUUAGGGGAGAUGGAGCAGCCACAUGGUAUUUAGAGAGUGACUUGUGGAAAGUUAGGGAUCUGUCUCUUCAGCUGUUUUUUAAACAUCACAUACAUGGGAUGGGGUUUUUCUUGCUUUGUGGGAUUUUGUAUCUAAUACUGAAAGCUAUCCCGCUUUCCUCUUUAACUUGUGUUCUUUCCUUCCCCCGCCUCCCAUCUGUCUAUUUCCAGAGGGUGAUCCCUAUCCCACCCAGGAGGCAUUGCAAGCAACCGGUGAGUUGGCAGGGCCAAAUGGCGGCUUUUUCGCUGCUCUCUAAUACGUCUUACAAAGACAAGUAGCUUCAGGCACCGCCAAAAGCAUUGUCCAGCAAUCCAAGCCUCUGUUGCAUGAGAGGACAGGCCAAAGGAAUAUUUCCUGUGCGGAACAAACAGAAAUGUUUGGUUCUGGUGUAGCAGCAGCCUUGGCUGAAAUAUUAGUAGUAUUAGUAGUAGUGGUAUUUAUUACAUAAUUGGCAAAUACAUUCAUUAAUUAAUUGCUCUUUACAAAAUAAAAAAAAGGUCUCAAAGCAACUUGCAAUAAUUUAAAAUACAAAGUACAAUAAGGUGAACCACAACCAAAAUUUACAGAAAUGGUUGGGUACAACAGACGGUGUGUAAGCAGGCAGUGCUGGUCUGCAGACAAAAUUAAUGCUGCUGACCCCUGAACUUGGUAGAAGCUCCCCACACAUAAGACGCAGCCCUGUGGGUUAAGGGUCCCUUGCUCAGCAAGGAGGCUGAUUUGAAAAUCUUUUUAUUCCAUUUUUCACUGAGUCCCACCCCAAACUGAGCAAGGUGUUUUCUGCACACUCCAUUCAUCUGUAUAACUUGGCUAAUGUGGUGCUCAUCUCUGUGCUCUUUGUUUUCUUCCAGUUGAGCCAGGACCCAUCUCUGGAUUCAGGUGCGAGCCGUUUUCUCUCUGGCUAAUAAUGUGCGACUUCUCUUGCGUAUCUGCUCUACUGCGGUUUGAUGUGGCUUGCAUAUCUAUCCAGCAUAUGGCCAACCGACAGCCACUUUGGGAGGGCGCGAGGAUAUAGUCUGCAGAGGGUUUUUCUCUGACUCUGCAAUCUGUUGUUCCACCGGUUCUUUGCUGAAUGCAGCCUGUGGAUGACACAAUAUUAGCCCAGGACUUGCAUAUACGCUUCUAGUAGACGUUUAGCCCUAGCCAGUCCCUUCUUCACCACCUUUACAAGGGAAGAGAAACUUGUGGUAAUGUAUGCAAUGUGCCCUGUUUGGGUGUUUUCCCACAGUCUUCAUUGCCACCACUGGCAGUAUACUGGUCUUGGAAUUUGAGCUGUGAGUGUGUUGCCAAGUCAGUAAGUAAGGAAGAAUUGUUGUCUGCCAGCCAUUCUAAUUUAGAACCAUUAAUAUGCAGCACUUCAGGAUGUUGUUUACAGACUCUCCUCUUUGGGGGUGGGGAGCUUUUUCUUGUACAGUUGAUGGAAUAUUUGCUUCCUGGGAUGGAUGGUGGCUGGUUAGUUCAUUCUGUCCUUUUUUCUGCUGUGCAGAUGAUGGGCUGUCUUUGAAGGAUUCUUCCAAUGAAAACCAGUAUGGGUUUAAGGUAGGUCACCAUCAUUCUUCUCCUUUCUGAUACUCCCUCCAAUAGUUAGUCCAGGGUAAAGAGCUGAACAAGUACAGGUAGAGGGAACCAGGCAAAUGGCCUUCUCAGUGGUGGCGCCCGCCCUGUGGAACGCCCUCCCAUCAGGUGUCAAGGAAAUAAACAACUACCUGACUUUUAGAAUACAUCUGAAGGCAGCCCUGUUUAGGGAAGUUUUUUACGUUUGAUGUUUUAUUCUGUUUUUUUCUGUUGGGAGCCACCUGGAAUGGCUGGGGAAACCCAGCCAGAUGGGUGGGGUAUAAAUUGUUGUUGUUGUUGUUGUUGUUGUUGUUAUUUUCCUCCACCACCAGCUCCUCUACACAUGAGAUUUAGAAAUUCACUUCAAAUAAUCUGGAUUUCUUCACACCCUCAAGGAAAUCUCCUUCAGCUAUCUCAUUUCUCAGCUAUCAGAGAAAUGUUUUUCUCUGUCCUGAGACAACAUGCUUCUUAUCUGAAAGUCAGGGGUUGCAGGUGCUCAAACAAUACACAGCUACUAAGUGUUAGGUUAGUAGCCCCUAGAUUCUACAAUAAUAAUCUAAGGAUCACUGAAGCGGCUCGGGAGUACCCCUUUUGUUAAGGUGAGUAGCAAAAACCAAACAAAUACAUUUUGCUAGUAUAAACCUAAAACUUCUGUAACUCAUCAAAAUGACAAUAGUUGAACUAAAAAUGUAAAGCAUGGCAUAAAUCACCCACCUGAUGAAGUCUAGCCCUGUGCCAAAUUUCAAAAUGAUCCACUGAAAAUCGCCAACGAUACGGUAAGUUUAAAAGUGCUGAAAAUUGACACAUUGACCCCUUUUACUCCAAUUUUUAUACAAUCUUGUCAUAUAUUUGUUUCCAAUUUGGGUGGGAAGCUAUGGAGUACCGGUAAUUCAAGCUCCUUGAAGACAUGUUUUCAUUGGUUUCAUGACGUUCUGAGGAGCACUUCAAACAUUAUUAUGGUUUUAUUGCCCAUUAAGGCCUAUAAUAGCCACUGUUGGCAAAAUAAUAUGAUGUGUGUGCCGUAUAAAUACUGAAGCAAUAUUCAUGGACCAUUCUUCAGUGUUUGCAGAGGGAGCCACCUAGCGAAUAGGAUGUGUAAUGCCUGUUGUUUCAGUUGUGGGACCGACCAGGAGACACCAGCCGCUGGGCUGUGAUCACAUUUGGAAGCCUGAUAAGUUACUGCACAGAUCCCCCAAGAACAUGAUGUGCACAUUCUCACAACCACACACAUCCUAAAACACACACACAUUGCUACCCCACACAUCCCAGCACAUACACAGAAACACGCACACCACAGACACCCCACCCAGGCAUAAACAGUUUACUCACUGAAGGAUCCCUAUAGCAAUAUGGCAAGGCUCAGGUGUUUUAUAAGUCAUUACAGGGCCAAAACAAUGUGGAGCAUCUUUGCAGGUCCAGGCACUUCAUUGAGGCCUGAGAGACCAAAGAAAAACGUGGGGGCACGGAUGGCAAAUUUUAAGCAAGCCCAGCUUGUGAUGUGGCACAACUGUUGUCGCAGCAUGUUUCUCAAAGCAUCGGCCUUAGCUUCCUGUUUGCUGGCUUUGUGGAGCUUGAGAGGCAGCAUGAGAUAGCCUAAACUCUGGUCAGCCUUAACCGAAAGGUCUCUUGAUCGCUGAAUUGCAAAGCCUUCCACCAGUUGAGGGUAAGUGUGCUUUUAAUAAAGGCACCUGCUCUUCCUUUACUUUCCAGCACUCCACGUGGAUCUUCAAGUCAAAAGAGCUGAUGUUCAAAUCGGCCUCCUCCAUUCCUGAAGGCAGCUUGGUCUACGUCAGUGAAGGGAAUGAAGCUUUCUUCCGAACCCCCAAGGGAUGGAGCAGGCUUCUGGUAGGAAAACACUGGUGUGCAUGACUCUGUAGAUGUGCAGCACUCAGACUCUCUCAGUAUCUGAUACACAAGCAUCUGGUUGGCCACUAUAUGAAACAGGAGAAUGGGCAGCCAAUUACCAGGGAUGAUGUUGUAGUGGGUUUAUUGCAUCAACAGGAGGUAGGACUGCUCUACGAUUCCCUGGACUGUUUAGACCCUUUGCCCUGAUCCAAGAGGGCUGCUCAGAUGCUCUCUUUAUUUUUAAAAAUCAGGAUGAGAUUAAGUUAUGCUUUUGUGGCUCGCUUGCUUGAGCUACCUGGGCAAUGCUUGCCCUGAUGGCAUUUAAAAAAAAACUUUUCGCACAUGAGAACAAAUGCUCGUUUUUUUACACGUUUCGGUCCAGCCUUAUCCCUGUUAUGUUUCUAUUGUCUCUUGAUCAGCUGGAGGAUUCAGAGUCUUUACUGGUUGGAGAUGACCCUUUGGUGUCUACAGACAGAAAUCAGGUGUGGACUUCUUCCAAUUUGUAAUGCUUUGCCAUUGCCUGUUCAGCAGGUCUCCUGGGUUUUGCUCUGGCAUAAGUUAAAGGGCUGAAAGUGGGGGGAGCAAAGAAACUGAAAGCCCAUAAAAUAUUAUACCCAUUUGGGUGGCGCACUUGCAGAAGAGCAUAGUUAACUGUUGAAUAAAGUAAUGAUGAAAUUAAGUGAUAUAAACCCCUUUGAGUAACAAAUUUCAUCUAUUUGUAAAGCACCUCGUCUACACACCAACAACUCCUUACUCCAGCCUCAGCAGGCCUAUUUAAUUCUUCUCAACAACUUCCCCACCACAGCUACUGACAGGCAGAAAACUGUUACUGGGAAUAGGCUGCAUGCACUGCUGCUGCUAGCACCUUCAUCACCUUCCUAGUUCUCUUGCACUCUGUGCAUAGCUAGUAUGGUGUCUGGGGGUGGCAAUAUUUGCUGCAGUUUAUGUGCGCAUGCAUUCUAAGGGCUCGUUGACACAGCAUUUGAUUUUAAGCUGAGUCACAUUAAAAAUGGUUUUGUUUCACCAUGUAUCCUGUCUUCCUAGGUCCAAAACGACAAGAGCCAAGCAACCGUCCAGACUGUACCACCUAGCAUCCCCCAGAGGAUCCCUUCAGUAAGUUCAACAGAAGAGGAGUGUAAGGCAGUCAAGCUGCUGGCACAACAGCUUGCCUUUUCUCCUUCUUUUUGAGUGUUGUCUCAGGCAAAGAAUUUAGAAGCAGUGGGUGGGGAGGGACACAGGUGGCGCUGUGGUCUAAACCACUGAGCCUCUUGGGCUUGCUGAUCAGAAGGUCAACGGUUCAAAUCCCCACUAUGGGGUGAGCUUCCGUUGCUCUGUCCCAGCUCCUGCCAACCUAGGAGUUUGAAGGCAUACCAGUGCAAGUACAUUGGGACCUUGGUUCUCAAGCUUAAUCUGUUCCAGAAGUCCGUUUGACUCCCGAAACCAUUCGAAAACCAAGGCGCGGCUUCUCAUUAGCUGCAGGAGCUUCCUGCACUCAAUUAGAAGCCGCGUCGGAUGUUCGGCUUCCAAAAAACGUUCGCAAACCAGAACACUCACUUCCAGGUUUGCGGCAUUCGGGAGCUGAUUUGUUUGGGGGCCAAGCUGUUCAACAACAAGGUACCACUGUAGAUGUAUAGGUACUGCUGCGGCGGGAAGGUAAACGGCAUUUCCGUGCACUCUGGUUUCCUAGUUUCCUUCAUGGUGUUCUGUUGCGCCAGAAGCAGUUUAGUCAUGCUGGCCACAUGACACGGAAAGCUGUCUGUGGACCAACGCCUACUCCCUCGGCCUGAAAAGUGAGAUGAGCGCCACAACCCCAUAGUUGCCUUUGACUGGACGUAACCAUCCAGGGGUCCUUUACCUUUACCAUUCUUUAUAGACCUUGCUGUACCAAUCUCUUCUUUCUGGUGGCUCCCUUGAAGAUAUGGUACAAAACCUGGCAAGGCCAUAACAAGAACCUGACUGGUUGAUUGACACCACUCCUCUGGUUGAUCUACUCCACCCUGUUGUCCUCCUUAGGUGUCAGGUGUUUAACCAAAAUCCCUCAAUUUUUCUAGCUCCGCCUAGUGGCCCUCAACAUCCCCCUGACUGGUAGCAUGAAUGGGAUUGGUGGCGUUGACCUGCGGUGCUAUCGGCAGUCACAGGAGGCGAAGCUGCGUGGAACUUUCCGGGCCUUCCUGUCAUCAUCCACUCAAAGCCUAGUCUCCAUCGUGAAGAGAACUGACAGGAACCUGCCUAUUGUCAACCUUAAGGCUAGUAGCAACAUCCUGUUGAAUUCUUGAUUUGAUGCAGACAUCUUUUCUGAGGAGAGCACUGGUACCAGGUGAAAAAGGCAUGUGGUGCUUGCCUAGCAACUGCCCAACUACUUCUUAUGGAUAAGUGAUGACCCUAGCAGGCACUCCUAUGUUUUUGGGAAGGGCAGGAUUCUUGUGCCUUCCGCUGCUGUGGCUGAGGCACUUGGGUUGUAGAAUAAUGUUGUGGGGCCUACAGCCUCUGUUGACUGUUUUCUAGCUUGAAAAGCAUUGUUUCUGUUGCAGGGCCAGCUGCUGGCAAAGAGUUGGAAUUCCCUCUUCAGUAGUGCUGCUCGUUUCAAUUCCCCAAAGUCCCCCAUCUACACAUUCAAUGGGCGCAAUGUCAUGACAGAUCCUAUGUGGUGAGUAACAUGUGGGGAAAGAAAGCAUCUGUAGGGAUAUGUGACCAUAUGGGAGGUACAAGCAGGGCAUCCCAAACUAUAUUCACCAGUUCCCCCAUAAGUGGGACUGUACCUAAUUGAGGAAUAUCUAGGUGAGGAAAAUAUUCAGGAGGCCCAGAAGGGGCAAAUUAAUGGGUAAUGAGGUCCAGCAUAUUAGAUUUCUGGGGAAGGUUUUUGAAGCACACAGGUGAGGAGUUCAGAACCUACAUCUUGCCUAUUGCAUACCUCCCCUGCUCCACAGCUUGUCUCUCCAUGUGCUUUUCUUCUCCACUUACCACGAGUAAUGGAAGGAACCAUGACCAUGGACUCAGCUAUACAGCUGCAAAUAAAACGUUUUAAGUGUGCUGUAAAGUACAGUACACAAAUGUGACACUAGAUGGCGACCAUGAGCUAUGGCACAUUCAAUAUAUUUUUCAAAACUUUUUUUAAAAAAAGCAUUUUCACAGCGUUUUUUUAAUAUGUGUGUAGAUUCCACCUAUCUAUGAAAAACACCUGGGCAGAGGAGCUGCUGGGAGGUGUAAAUGGAAUCUGCAGGAAACACUGGGCUGUGCUUCCCUUUUGCUGUUAAAUUCUGAUCCAACCUCUUUCUAUGCUAUUGGGAUGAUAGUUCCACAUUUAAACACAUGCAGCCACAGCCAUUGUGUCUAGUUUGGCCCUUGGGAAUAAUGGAUUGAGACAAGAUAGGAUGGGUGCUUUUUUGUGCCAUGCAGUUGACUUCAGCUAUCCACUUUUGUAUGUCCCUGCUGUUUGUAUGUUCAGGAGACAAAAGGCAGUCUGGCAUGGUGUCAAACAACUGGGAGGCCAGGCCGAAAAUCAAGACUGUCAGGAGUGGCGAACAGCCUCCAGCCAGUCCAAAGGCCUUGCCUCACCUCCAGCCGGAGGCAAGUUCCUCACAGUGGACACACAUAGCUGCUCAGACUUCCUGAUUGUUCUGUGCGUGGAAAAUGCCUUCUGA